AGAUGGUGUGGGCCACCACAGAACGAAUAGGAUGUGGAGACCAUUUUUGUGAGACGAUUGAAGGAUAUGAUGAGCCUAAUGUUUACUUUAUGGUCUGUAACUAUGAACCACCGUAAGUUUCAUUCACUUUUUAUUAUUUUAAUGCAUUCUCUUUUCAUUGAUCACCUGUGUACAAUGUGGCAAUUGGACCUGCAAGUAACAAGUAUUUUUGAUUAAUUGGGUAAAACAAAAUUCAUUUUUAUUGUGGCGAAAGUAACCUCGCCACUGGCUUUUGGAGGGGCCUGUUUGCCAGCAUCUUACCCUGUGACUAUGGCCCCUUUGUUAAACCCUGGUGAAACCACUGUUUGUGGCCUUUUUGGACAUGGACAGUAACACUUCUGUAACAGAUCCCCCUGUUGUUGGAUCUGUAAUUGUGUGAACAAGCUGUUCGUGUAAAAUCCUUCGGCUAAUUGACUGUAUUUUAUGUUAUAGUAAUGGCCGUUCGAAUCACAAAUUUUCUACCGAACGCCCGACCACCCAGAACAGAGCGCACUUUCUCCAGAAUAAACUCACGAACAAGCCGCAUCUAAAGAGAGUAAGCACGAACCGAUCCGUUCGUGCAAUUUGAACUUUAUUCGAAUGGAAAGAUAGACCAACCGCACCAGCCUGAAUCUGUGGAACUGUUUUGGGCAUGCAAACAGGCGUGCGGUCGGUCCAAAGAGACUUUCAACUAUCUCCUGAACCCCUGGACGGAUGUACGUGAAUUUUGGAUAUGUUUGUCCCCAAGUUAUGCUGUUUAUACAAAUAAAAGUUUUAUUCAUAUUGUAUUUAAAAUCGUGGAGUUAUAAAAACGUAUGAAAAGUAUGAUUUUGCAGCUUGGAGAUAAUUGAGUAGAUACAGUAAGUAACUCAAUUAUCUCCCAAGCAGAGGGGAGGGAAUAUGUGGGUUGUAACCAUUGUUUUAUUGGCUAAUGUAUAAUUGUCUAUGUGUGUCUCCCUUGCAUGGGAGAACUGCAUAAAAAGAGAGUACCUGCCAUUGUCUCGUCUCUUAUUGGGGGUAACAGCUAUACAGAUAUCACACUAGUUCUUGUAAGAGCUUCUUCACUUGGAUCACUACUGGACGCUGAGAAUACUCCUCACUGAUCGGGAAAAGGACACACCCCAGUGGUAGAAACCCCUCUACUACCCAGGGUAACCGCUACAACUUCAAACUCCCAAAGUGGUUCGAAGCAGCACUUCGAACUCCCAAACGGUCGAAGUGGUUUGAAGCGGCAUUCGAACACAUGGCAACGGCCAGCUAAAGCUGCAAGUACAAUGAGCGGUGUUUGGUUGUCGAGUUAAUGGAACUCAAAUUGGACACUCGAUGGCACGAACACCGAUAACUACACUGCUUAAAAAAAUAAAGGGAACACUUAAACAACACAAGUCAAUCACACUUCUGUGAAAUCAAACUGUCCACUUAGGAAGCAACACUGAGUGACAAUCAAUUUCACAUGCUGUUGUGCAAAUGGGAUAGACAACAGGUGGAAAUUGUAGGCAAUUAGCAAGACACCCCCAAUAAAGGAGUGGUUCUGCAGGUGGUGACAACAGACCACUUCUCAGUUCCUAUGCUUCCUGGCUGAUGUUUUGGUCACUUUUGAAUGCUGGUGGUGCUUUCACUCUAGUGGUAGCAUGAGAGGGUCUACAACCCACACAAGUGGCUCAGGUAGUGCAGCUCAUCCAGGAUGGCACAUCAAUGCGAGCUGUGGCAAGAAGGUUUGCUGUGUCUGUCAGCGUAGUGUCCAGAGGCGCUACCAGGAGACAGGCCAGUACAUCAGGGGACGUGGAGGAGGCCGUAGGAGGGCAACAACUCAGCAGCAGGACCGCUACCUCUGCCUUUGUGCAAGGAGGAACAGGAGGAGCACUGCUAGAGCCCUGCAAAAUGACCUCCAGCAGGCCACAAAUGUGCAUGAGGGUAGUAUGAGGGCCCGACGUCCACAUGUGGGGGUUGUGCUUACAGCCCAACACUGUGCAGGAUGUUUGGCAUUUGCCAGAGAACACCAAGAGAACACUUGCAGUUCCUGCAAGAUGAAGGCAUUGAUGCUAUGGACUGGCCCGCACGGUCCCCAGACCUGAAUCCAAUUGAGCAUAUCUGGGACAUCAUGUCUCGCUCCAUGCACCAAAGUCAGUUGUCAGAUGCUUUAGUCCAGGUUUGGGAGGAGAUCCCUCAGGAGAUCAUCCGCCACCUCAUCAGGAGCAUGCACAGGCAUUGUAGGGAGGUCAUACAAGCACGUGGAGGCCACACACACUACUGAGCCUAAUUUUGACUUGUUUUAAGGACAUUACAUCAAAGUUGUAUCAGCCUGUAGUGUGUUUUUCCACUUUAAUUUUGACCUCCAUGGGUUGAAAAAUGUGAUUUCCAUUUUUUUUUUUUUUUGUGUGAUUUUGUUGUCAGCACAUUCAACUAUGUAAAGAACAAAGUAUUUCAGAAGAAUAUUUACUUAAUUCAGAUCUAGGAUGUGUUAUUUUUGUGUACCCUUUAUUUUUUUGAGCAGUGUAUUUACCUUCCAUGGAUUUUCAGCUAUUUGAGUGGGGGUAGAACAGCGUUCGGUAAGAAUAAACUGCUGAACAAGAGACAUACACUGACUUUACUCACGAACGGCUACGUUCGGUAUUUUGAAUUUGAAUUCCCAAAGAAAACCGUCUGCACAGCCUGAUUCUCUGGAAAUGUUUUGGGCAUGGGACCAUGCAUGCGGUCAGUCAAUGUGACAGAUUCAUCUGUAUUGCUGGUUCAUCUGUUUCCCUUUGUUCGCUGGAUUCCCUGUUCGUAUACCCCCGUUCGUGUAAUUUGCAAACUACCGAUUGAAACUACCAAACGAACGACCACCCAGGAGAGGAGUGUGCUGCUGGUUAACCUCUUGGCCCCAAUUAGAACGUUGUGGUUAACCGCAGACACCUCUCCAUUCCAUUCGUACGGGUGGUCGUCGUUCGCAUGUCGACCACGAGGCAGCGGCCAUUUUGGGACACACGAACGCAUAGCGGUGUUCGGUACAAAUUGUAUGGAACUAAAAACGGAGACUUAAACUACUGAACACCGCUGGAAGCUGAUGCCCACCUUCCAUUUCGACAAGGCAUGCGAACGUCGGUCGUUCGGGAGUUUUUAUUCAUCCGUAUGGACUUUUACCCAGACAGCAGUCCCAUGGAGUCAAUCGUAUACCGAAGGACUGGUGAAAGACUUUGACUCCAUGGCGAUUCGACUAGAUACAUCGGAUCUGAGCGCUAUUCGGUGAAAAUAUGCACUCAGAUCCAGGCUGUCUGGGGAUACGUUACACGAACUAUAUUCAUUCGGUAUUUCUUCAGUUAUGUAUUUUAAUGUAUUUUUACUACUGUAAUUUAAAAUGGCGAUUGUCUCUACCCUGGGAGAUAAUUAGGUUUCUUCCUAAAAUAUUUUACAGUCUUCCACAAGGUCCCCUCGGGGAGUGUCCACCUUGUGGAGACCUGCAUAAAUACCGGGCAGGUAGCCCCCAUUAAACAGAUCCUGAUUUGACCCUCAAGACGGAGCUUGGUCUCGUUUGUGGGGGAAUUAUUACUGGGACAGCGCUUCGUUAUUUUUAGCUGUGGAACGCGUUCGACUGUUUUGCUGUUCGGGAGUUGCCGUGUUCGUGGACUUCGUUCGGGAGUUUGACGGUCGGCUGGAUAUAAACUGCAUUUCUGGAGAAGGGGAUUAUUUACUAAACGGCGGCUUCAUCUACCUGGCGGUGAGUGUCUUAACAAUUGGUGGCAAGCGACGGGAUGAAUCCUACCGCCCAGAAGGCCAGCUACACAUCCCAGGUUGGAAAUGCAGUAUGAAGAGUUAAGGCGUGCUACCCUUAAAGAUAUAUUAGAACGCAGAGGACGAUCAGCGAGUAAUCUCAAGAAAAGGGAGAUUAUUGCCAUACUAUUGGAAAUGGAUGCAGCACAGGGAACGGGAAGAGCUGAUGUGCCUGGCAUACUGGAGUUAACACCCGAGGAGAUACAAUUUAACCGGGCAGUUCAGAUCAGGCUGGCACAUUUUGGCCCCAACCCCGCAGCAGAUAUUGUGGUUCAAGUGCAAGCAGCAGUAGCAGCACAACAGGCGCUUCAAGGAAGAGGCGCUGCAGCAGCUGAGGUACCAUAUAAUAAUAAUGGAAGGAGAAAAGUACCCUUUGCUGCCUUUCGGAAUUUUGUAGAAGCCGAAGGAGAGAUUGAUGGGUUCCUGGCUGAUUUUGAAAGGCAAUGUGCUUUACACCAGGUACCCGCAGAGGAAUGGGUCACCAUCCUCUCUGGGAAGUUAUCCGGCCGGGCCAGUGAGGCGUUUCGGGCCAUCCCAGAGGAGGAAAUUACCAGCUACAGGGCAGUGAAGGAUGCCCUUUUGGCCAGAUACGCUGUGACCCCUGAGGCGUACCGGCGGCGAUUCCGGGACACCAACAAACAGGCUGGCGAUUCUUAUGUUGAGUGGGCAUGCCGAGUACACCGCACCGCAGCCCACUGGAUGGCAGGGUGCCAAGCGGUAACUGGGGAAGAAGUACUGCAAGUAUUUUUGUUGGAGCACUGCUUUGACCGCUUACCUGCAGGAGUCAGAGAGUGGGUUAGGGACCGUAAACCCGCUACCUUACCCGAAGCUGCUCGUCUGGCUGAUGAGUACACUGAUGCCAGGAAACUGGACCAGACAGCAGCCAAGGUCCCUACCCGAGUGGAGUACAAACCAGCAGUUCCCCCAACCACUGCAGUAUAUCAACACCCAGCGCAACGCACCCCCACAAUGCCAACCGCGAACAAUUAUGUUCAGCCAGCCCGGUUCAACGCCCGGGACUACUCCCAGCCUAUCCAGUGCUAUGGGUGUGAGCAGUUGGGGCACAAGCGACCCGAGUGCCCAUUAAAUAAUUCUAGCCAAGCCCAGUCGUGGAGAAGACCAGCCGGCGGAAAUCAGUAGCCACCCCAACCUUCCGCUCACUGUCUUGAGCAGGAGGAAUUUUGGGGUAUACUACAUGAGGCGGAUCCAGUACAAGCAGCGCAGCAGGAUAACCGUCAACAGCACAGGCAGACCGUUAAACUGAAUGGCAAAGCAGUAACUGGUCUGAGAGACACCGGAGCCACUAUGACUUUGCUCCAAAAGAACCUUGUUUCAGAACACCAACACACUGGAAAUACUGUGGCAGUGAGGGUGGCGGGAGGUGCAGUGUUCCGUUUACCGGUUGCCCGGGUUCACUUGGAUUGGGGGGUGGGCUCUGGACACGUGAAUGUGGGGGUCAUGAAAGACUUACCUGCUGAUGUUUUGCUUGGAAAUGACUUGGCCCCUUUGGUAUCCGCUUAUGCUCCAAUGGGACCUGCUGACAUCCACCCAGUGACUACCCGUGCCCAGACCCGUGCUGCGGUAACCAGCCCACCUGCUGCUGAGACCCAGGUAAGACCCGAUUCCCCGACUGGUACCCUAGAACAGACCUCUGUUAGCUGGGAUUCACCAGAGGAGUUUGGGAGGGAAACUCAGACAGAUUCGACGCUCCAGAAGUAUAGGGACAGAGCAGAUACUGGAGAGGAGGGAGUAGAUGGGGAGCGGUAUGAGUGGGUGGGGGACAGGUUGUAUAGGAUCCCCAAGCUUUCCCCGAAAAGUGUUGCCCCUCCGCCGAAUCGACAGCUGGUGGUGCCCGCAAAAUACCGGCAGGAGAUUCUGUGGAUAGGGCAUGAUGUUCCACUAGCUGGACAUCUAGGUUCCCACCGCACAGCCUAUAGGAUCAUGCAGAACUUCUUUUGGCCAAACUUUAACCAGGCUGUGCGGAUGUAUUGCAGUACGUGUGACACAUGUCAACGGGUAGGAAAGCGGGGGGACCACCCCAGAGCUAGGCUUAUGUCUAUGCCUAUUAUUGGGGAGCCCUUUGCCCGUAUAGCCGUUGACAUUGUGGGUCCACUGGCCAGGGCUAGUCCAUCCGGUAAGAAAUAUAUUCUCACCGUGGUGGAUUAUGCCACCCGCUAUCCAGAGGCAGUAGCGCUGUCUAAUAUAGAGGCAGAGACAGUUGCUGAUGCCCUGGUUAGGAUUUUUACCAGAGUCGGGUUCCCUAAAGAGAUUCUCUCUGACCAGGGAACCCAAUUUACUGCUGUGCUCACCCAGCAACUGUGGAAGGUGUGCGGCAUUAAACCGCUGCUUAGCUCACCUUACCAUCCACAGACUAACGGUCUCUGCGAGCGAUUUAAUGGUACCCUCAAACAGAUGCUGAGGACCUUUUCUGACACUUGCAGAGAUUGGGAGCGAUUCCUGCCUCACCUGUUGUUUUCCUACAGGGAGGUGCCCCAGGAAUCUACUGGGUUCUCCCCCUUUGAGUUGCUAUAUGGGAGAAGGGUCCGCGGACCCCUAGAUCUCAUUAGAGGCCACUGGGAGGGAGAGGCAGAGCAGGAAGGGACCCCCAUAGUACCGUAUGUUCUGGAACUCCGGGACCGCAUGGAGAAACUGUCUCUAAUGGUAAGAGAGAAUCUCCAGGUGGCUCAGGGGAGACAGAAGAGAUGGUACGAUCGGGGUGCCCGACAGCGAGUCUUCCAGGUUGGGCAGAAAGUGUUAGUACUCAAAUCUGUGAAGGCAAACAAGAUGCAGGCAUCUUGGCAGGGCCCGUAUAAGGUGUUAGCGCAGAUAUGUGAUACUACCUACCUUAUAGCCAGCUGUUCGGAUGAAAGGAUCCAGCGAUCCUUCCAUGUGAACAUGCUAAAGGAGUAUCAGGAGAGACCAGAGAAUGUCGCUGCAGUAUGUGCCCCUGCUGCAGAUGAUACAGAAAGUUUACCCUUACCAGAUUUGUUAGAGAGGGACCCCCAGAUAGAUCUUACUAGCCUGGUACAGCUAGGGGACAGAUUGAGCUCCACCGAGAAGGGCCAGGCAAGACAGCUUCUGUGGGAAAAGCAGGCGACCUUCUCCCAAGAACCUGGUUACACUACCCUAGCUGUACACAAGGUAGAAACCCCUGGACAGAACCCUCUGCGACAACCCCCUUACCGUAUCCCUGAAGCAGUCCGGGAAGGAAUGCGGAAGGAGAUACAGGAGAUGACCCAGCUGGGGGUCAUCGAACACUCCGAUAGCCCUUGGGCUUCACCUGUAGUCCUGGUGCCCAAGAAGGAUGGGACCACCCGGUUCUGUGUGGACUACAGGCGCCUCAAUGAGCGGACCACCACUGACGCCUACCCGAUGCCCCGGGUAGACGAAUUGUUAGAUCGCAUUGCCAGGGGACGCUAUCUGACCACCAUAGACCUGUGCAAAGGCUACUGGCAGAUUCCCCUGGCCGAGGAUGCUAUCCCCAAGUCGGCCUUUGUCACCCCAUUUGGCCUGUACCAAUUUAAGGUCAUGCCAUUUGGGAUGAAGAACGCACCGGCUACCUUCCAGCGUAUGGUGGAUAGACUUCUUGAUGGAUUCCAGGAAUUUGCUUGUGCAUACCUGGAUGACAUUGCGAUCUACAGUGAGUCCUGGGAGGAACACCUGGUACAUGUAGGGGUAGUACUGGACAAAAUUUGGGCCGCUGGCCUGACAUUGAAGCCAGAGAAGUUCCAUUUAGGCAUGGCUGAAGUGCAGUACCUGGGUCACAGAGUAGGGUGUGGGUGCCAGAGACCAGAGCCAGCCAAGAUAGAGGCAGUAGCUAACUGGCCCACACCUAUCACUAAGACCCAGGUGUUAGCAUUCCUAGGGACAGCCGGAUACUAUAGACGCUUUGUCCCCGACUACAGCGCUAUUGCUAAACCCCUGACUGACCUGACAAAGAAAAAUCUCCCUAAACAGGUCCUGUGGUCUCCAGCUUGUGAAGCUGCGUUUCAAGCACUCAAACAAGCUCUUGUGAAUGCCCCUGUCCUGGCUGCCCCAGUCCCUAACAAACGUUUUCUCGUCCAUACAGAUGCUUCCAUGUAUGGACUGGGGGCUGUGCUGAGCCAGUUCGGGGAAGAUGGAGGAGAGCACCCUGUCGCAUAUCUCAGCAGAAAGCUGUUACCCAGAGAAGUGAGUUAUGCGGCAGUGGAGAAGGAGUGUUUGGCCCUGGUGUGGGCAUUGAAAAAGUUAAAACACAGUGAGUCCAGUAUAGACUGGAUAAGAAUCCAGACCGUACUAGUCAAGUGAGUGGAGCGCUAAAUAUUCACACUUACCCUUAAUUAGGGUUAAAUCUCAGAUGUAUGUAUGUACAUGCAAAUAAAACUAAAAAAUACAACACAAUAUAGUGUAAAUCUGUGAGUAGAAGAAAUCUUGUGAUAAUAUAUCAAUAAUCGAACUCACAUGGAUUAGAGCCUCAUAGAAGGACAGGCUCAAAUCUCUUCAGCAUUAGUAUCGUAUGGAGACACUACACCCUUUAACUGGAGUAAAUUUCCUCUUCUCUCUUUUCUCUUUUUUCUUUGAGGAAAUUUACUCCAGUUAAAGGGUGUAGUGUCUCCAUACGAUACUAAUGCUGAAGAGAUUUGAGCCUGUCCUUCUAUGAGGCUCUAAUCCAUGUGAGUUCGAUUAUUGAUAUAUUAUCACAAGAUUUCUUCUACUCACGGAUUUACACUAUAUUGUGUUGUAUUUUUUUUGUUUUAUUUGCAUGUACAUACAUACAUCUGAGAUUUAACCCUAAUUAAGGGUAAGUGUGAAUAUUUAGCGCUCCACUCACUUGACUAGUACGGUCUGGAUUCUUAUCCAGUCUAUACUGGACUCACUGUGUUUUAUUUCUAUAUCUUAGUGGGGGAUAGAGAGCACCCACUAGAGUGUGUAGCUGCUUUUGUACCACGUUAUUAUUCUUAUAAGCGCACUAAACACAGUAAUCAUUAUUGUUUGCAUUGAAAAAGUUAAGCCCGUAUUUAUAUGGACAGGAAUUUUCCCUUGUGACGGACCACAAUCCCCUUGUCUGGCUUAACCGGGUCUCCGGAGACAAUGGCAGACUGCUGAGGUGGAGUUUAGCGCUACAACCCUAUAAUUUCACCAUCAGUUAUCGACCCGGUAAGCAGAACGGGAAUGCAGAUGGAUUGUCCAGGCAAACCGACAUCCUCACCCCAUCUUAGUCCAGUCAUCCCCACGUUGACCCGCCAAAGGGUCAAGCCGGGUCUGCCGGAGUGUCCCACAAGGGGGGAGCCGUGUGACAGAUUCAUCUUUAUUGCUGGUUCGUCUGUUUCCCUUUGUUCGCUGGAUUCCCUGUUCGUAUACCCCCGUUCGUGUAAUUUGCAAACUACCGAUUGAAACUACCGAACGAACGACCACCCAGGAGAGGAGUGUGCUGCUGGUUAACCUCUUGGCCCCAAUUAGAACGUUGUGGUUAACCGCAGACACCUCUCCAUUCCAUUCGUACGGGUGGUCGUCGUUCGCAUGUCGACCACGAGGCAGCGGCCAUUUUGGGACACACGAACGCAUAGCGGUGUUCGGUACAAAUUGUAUGGAACUAAAAACGGACACUUAAACUACCGAACACCGCUGGAAGCUGAUGCCCACCUUCCAUUUCGACAAGGCAUGCGAACGUCGGUCGUUCGGGAGUUUUUAUUCAUCCGUAUGGACUUUUACCCAGACAGCAGUCCCAUGGAGUCAUUCGUAUACCGAAGGACUGGUGAAAGACUUUGACUCCAUGGCGAUUCGACUAGAUACAUCGGAUCUGAGCGCUAUUCGGUGAAAAUAUGCACUCAGAUCCAGGCUGUCUGGGGAUACGUUACACGAACUAUAUUCAUUCGGUAUUUCUUCAGUUAUGUAUUUUAAUGUAUUUUUACUACUGUAAUUUAAAAUGGCGAUUGUCUCUACCCUGGGAGAUAAUUAGGUUUCUUCCUAAUUAUCUCCGGGGUAGAGAAGACGGAUUUAUGGGUAAGAUGGGAAGGGCUUAUAUUGAAGCCACUGCGAUUGGCUACUGUCUAAAAUAUUUUACAGUCUUCCACAAGGUCCCCUCGGGGAGUGUCCACCUUGUGGAGACCUGCAUAAAUACCGGGCAGGUAGCCCCCAUUAAACAGAUCCUGAUUUGACCCUCAAGACGGAGCUUGGUCUCGUUUGUGGGGGAAUUAUUACUGGGACAGCGCUUCGUUAUUUUUAGCUGUGGAAGGCGUUCAACUGUUUUGCUGUUCGGGAGUUGCCGUGUUCGUGGACUUCGUUCGGGAGUUUGACGGUCGGCUGGAUAUAAACUGCAUUUCUGGAGAAGGGGAUUAUUUACUAAACGGCGGCUUCAUCUACCUGGCGGUGAGUGUCUUAACAUUCAAAAUGUGACUUCCAUAGAAUUCCUGAACCCCUGAACUGAUCUGGGUGAUUUUUGGAUAUGUUGGUCACCCAGAUCAGGACUAUCAGGGGAUUUAACAUUUAUGGGGAUUUUAUGUGUUUUGGGGGUACUUUUGGGGUUUUAUAGAAAUAAGUGUUUUUAUUCUGCCUGGAGAUAUUAGAGCUAAUACAGUAUCUGACUCAAUUAUCUCCCAGGCAGAGAGGAUGGAUUGUGUGCUGUGUGGGAGUGUUGUGCCUUGUAACCUUAUUGUUAUUGGUCUGUGACGUUGUAAAUCAGUCUACCAUCAGGUCCAUGUGGGCAUACCCCUUGCAUGGGGAUUGUCAUAUAAGGCCAAGUGUGGCACCAUUAAAAACUAGUUCCUCUUCACCCUCAACAUAGAGCCUCGUCUCAUGUGUGGAGGGGACAGCUAUAUUCACUCUGACAAUUGCUAUACUCAUUAUACUCCCCUGGGUUCUAAUCACUAGCUCUUAUAAGAGCUGUUCCUGCUAUACUCUCUGGAGUAGGAGAGGUUCACUCACUGGAAGCUGAAUCCUGGUCUUGGGUGGGGGAUGGUAAAACCCCAAUCAAGCUGCGGUGGUUUGUGGGGUCUACAGUGCUGAUGGUGUCUGGUGGAGUGCUUGGAGUCCUCCGUGACACGAGGAGAAUCAAUUGGUGUAGGCACCCAGUAAGGGUGCCAGACAGUCUGUCACAUUUGGUGGCAAUGGUUGUUCGGGAGUUUCGAAGUGCCGCUUUGAACCGCUUCGGGAGUUUGAAGUGUAGCCAUACAUAGUAAAAUAAAGGCACAAACAGUGGUUUCAACCAUGAUUUAACACAGGGGCCAUAAUCACAGAGUAGGAGACUGGCAAACAUGCCCCUCCAAAAACCAGUGGUGAGGUUACUUUUGCCACAAUUAUUUUUUCAUAUAUUUAAAAUAAAAUCCACAAACUUGUGUCCACCCUGGAACAUGAGAGGUGAGGUUCCAGUCUCGGACCUCUCAGAGACCAUGCUCAAGGGGGUGAAAGUAGGAAGCGUACCUCUGCACCAAACUAAAACCUUACUUGGAAAUCCACAUCUAUUCACUAUCUUGUUAUUCUGAAGGGUUUUAGUAAUGGUGCAAGUGUAAUAAAAUAUGUUUUUCCAACAGAAGUAACGCAAUGAGUAAACCUGCCCUGUGCAAUGUGGCCAACCAACAAAUCAAUAAUCAUAGUAACCUAUAACUCUUCAUUCCCUCACUCAGCUCCCUCCUCAAAGUCACAUCUAUCACAUCCAUUCAUUCUAUCACUCAGCUGUCUCCUCAUAGUCACCUCUCUAUCACUCUUCAUUCCAUCACUCAGCUAUCUCCCCUUAGUCAACUCUCUAUAGAUCUUCAUUCCAUCACUCACAUAUCUCCCCUAAGUCACCUCUUUAUCGCUCUUCAUUCCAUCACUCAGCUAUCUCCUCAUAGUCACCUCUCUAUCACUCUUCAGUCCAUCACUCAGCUAUCUCCUCAUAGUCACCUCUCUAUCACUCUCUAUUCCAUAACUCAGCUAUCUCCCCUCAGUCAGCUCUCUAUCACUCUUCAAACUUUGCUGAGGUCACACUUUUAAUCAGUGUAGCGGGCUGAGGGUAACCCGACUGGUUUCCUCAACUAAUGCUGUAGCGGAGUAGUAGUAUUAUCCACUGUAUCUCUGCUGGUAGACAGAAUCAAGCAGGUACAUAGCAGGCAAAAUCCAGGUAGCGUAGUUACAAUCCCUUCCUCCCAAGAACUAGACGACACAUGGCUUGGAGGUCAACUGAGGUUUUAAUUACAGGCACAGUAUUUAUGGGAUUCCCCAUGCAAGGGGUGGCACAGUAGGGAACUGAACAAUGCAUACAUUUUUCCCACCAUGCACUGCUGCAUGAGAGGGAUACUCCCACGAGAAUAUACCGUAAAGUGGAUUAUCCCUCCGUGCAGCAGAACUUACAUUUCACAUUAAAAUACAUAAUUCCCAUAAUAUUCCCUUUAUUUAAACAAAUGGACAUUCGGUAGAUAGCUGGGGUCUGAGCGCACAGUUCGUGAGAAUACCGCUCAGAUCCCAGCCUAACUAACCAAACACCGCACGAAACACACAUUAAAUUCAAGUUCUACUCAAAGUACCGAUUGACAUCAGGGGAACAACCUACCGAUUGGCCGUGGCUCCCGAACGGCCUUGAAGUCCAGCGGGGUUCGCGCCGUCGAGUAGCCGAUUUUGGUUCCAGGCGCUCGAUGACCAAACCCCGCUGGGCUAACAAAGGAACCAAGAUGGCCGGCCGCCGCAUGGUCGGUAGCCGAACGACGGCCACCUAGGAACACACUUAACUACCGAUUGCAACAAUGUGGGCGCCACACAACCUCCAUUCAGUAGGUUAUUCGUUUCACGAACAGUGUUGAAACUCACUGUUCGUGAAUCUACAGUAUGAAUGCUGGGGUUUUCAUGCCGCCAGCAUACGAAUGCCCUCAUUCGCCUGAAAUGCAAUUACAAUCCUACACUUGUCUCUACAGCUUUAGAAAGAAUACAAACAUAGUUUGAUAGUCUCCGGUGGCUAGUUUUGCCACAAAUGCAGAAUGAAGAGACCUAUUUUCCCACAGUAACUGGAUGAAAGCGUCCUGCCUCUGUGACUCCCAACCACAGAAAGCCCACCAAACCACUAUUGUACCCAAGGGAUGUCCCCACCAACCUCAGGGACACCCAGAACGGUACUCGGCAUGAACAGCCUUCGUAAGCAGGGUCCCUGGGCUAAACCAGGCAAGGGAAGCGUUUCCUUUUGGGACACGAAUGCUCCCCCUGGCUGCCGCUCAUCUAUACAAAUGGCGGCCACCCAGGGAAGCACUCAUUAAUUGCUUCCCUUGCGAUUUCACACUUAUGUUGCAAGUUGCCAACGUUCUAAUUGAUUGGUGCAAACAUUCCAAGGGGCAUUGGGGAGGGCCUUGUUCGGGAACCGAACAAGACAGGAAGCAAUCUGUGAAUGCUCCCCCCGGAUGGCGUUCAUCUAACAAACUGGUCGCCACCCAGGGUCUGCACGCGCCGAGGCUUCCCCUUGUGGUUUUUGUUUUUCAAACCUUGUUAGCUAUGUGUGAACAUUCUAACUAAACAUUCUAAAUGGGAUUUUGGUAAAACAUACACAAAUUCACAGAUACAUGGGGGAAACACAGGCAAUCACAUAAAGAUAAUUCAUGGACGGGCAUGGGCCCACCACAAUCAGGAUUUUUGAUUUCAGUUAGUAAAUAAAAGCUAUAACCCUUUUUGUUCUUUCUGCUCUCUUGCAUGGUGAAUACCCUUUGAGCAUUUGGAUUAAGCUGACAUAAAUGGGGAUAUUGCAGAAAUAUCUGUAAGAUAUGAUCUGCAUGCUGUUCUGCGGUGGCUACAACGGUGUUGUGUUGGCCACUGAGGACUGGUUGAUACAUAGAUUUAAGAACUAUUCAAUACACAGUGAGUUGUCACAGAGUUUUAAACACAUCUGUGUCUUUUACAAUUGGCAGUUUUAAUAAAUUUAUAUAGACACAGAUUUGUAUGAUAUUACAUAGUAUUGAUAUACUAAUGCGUAUUACAUAGUAAAUGAUUUGUAAUUGGUGUGUGAUGCCGAUAAACUCCAUGUAAAGAUGAUUGGCUUUAAUCGAGCUCAUAGUUAGUGGAAAGCUGAACAUAACAGGCCAUGUUAAUUAAUCACUUGGCUAAACGUUUCUUUUCACCAACCAGGCCAAGGAGCGAGGACUUCUCUCCUACUUGGUGACUGCUGAUUAGAUAAAUCUAGAACCGCCCACUCCAUACCCGAGAGGGUUCAGCUCUAUCUCACAUUGCUUUUCUUUCUACUUCCAGAGGUAAUUUCCACGGCCUGCAACCGUACAAGGUCGGGGCUCCUUGCUCUAACUGCCCCAGAGAGAGUACCUGCAACGGCUCGCUGUGCGGUAUGUAUAAUGCUUUACUGAACCUCCAAAGGAUCAAAGUACAUCUACCUUUACAGUAAGCUUACUGGUAACCAAGUGAUAUCAUAGCUUACUUACGUAUUGUAUUAUUACAUCUUUUUGUAUUACUGCAUCUGAUAAUUUCAUUACAGCUUAUUGUACUAUUAUCAUGUCAUAUUAAAACCGCUCAUUGUAUUAUCACAGCUUAUUGUAUUAUCAUAGUUUAUCGUAUUAUUACAGCUCAUUGUAUUAUAACAGCUCAUUGUAUUAUCAUAGCUCAGUGUAUUAGUACAGCUUAUUGUAUUAUCACAGUUUAUCGUAUUAUUACAGCUCAUUGUAUUAUAACAGCCCAGUGUAUUAUCACAGCUUAUUGUAUUAUUACUGCUCAUUGUAUUAUCAUAUCUUAUUGUAUUUGUAACGGAACCCCGGGCAUAAAAGGGUUAAAACGCCGUUUAGAAGAUCUUCCCCUUCCAGAGACACAGGCACAGCUACCGCAGAACACCAAACUCCCAAACUUGGUUCAAGGGAAUGUUCCAAACUCCCGAACUGGAACCUCACGAAUAGCUGCUAGCAGCUGAACAGGAAAAGCACCGAAGUGGCUUACACUCCUGGCAAUCAGUCUCUAACAGCAUACAGUAAAUCCCCCCAAAGACGAGACAAGGCUCCGUUUUGAGGGUCAAGCAGGAACAGACAGAGCUGUGGGUUUAUUGUCCUUAUAUACACAUUAGUACCACCCACAGGGUUUUGGAAAACAACCAAUAAACACAUACAAUACACUCAGACACUCCCACACAAAAUCCUCCCCUCUGCCUGUGAUAAAAUUACCUCACACAAUGGGUAAUGUAAUUAUCACAGGCAGAGAAAUACAGUUUUUCCACAUUAUUCAUAACUUUAAAAGUAUGCAUCACAUUCACAUAAAUAUUUUCAGAAUCAGCAUACUCUGAAAACAUAUGUCAAAAUCAUACAAAUUGGUCCAGUGGGUCAAAAGUUAGAUCGAAUGCCUUUGUGACCAAAUGAAGCAUGGCUUUUCUGCCCAAAACCAGUUCCACAGAGUCUUCUAUCCUGAAAAUAAUUGGGAACUAAUCCAAUUAUCUCCAAGGACAGAGGCAAAACACCAAAACUCAAUUGAACACAUGGUAGCAAAAGACAAUAAAAUACAUAAAAAUAUAUAACUGUGCAGCUAUUGCAUAAAAUAGGUACAUUCAACAUAUCCCCAGAUAGCUUAGAUCUGAGCGCACAUUAUUACUGAAUGGCACUAAGAUCACAUACAUACAGUUCAAUUUCCACGGAGCCAAAGUCUUUUGCAUAGUCUUUCAUUAUACGAAUGGGCUCCAUGGUAAAGCUAUCUGGGUAUCACUGUUCAAAUAGGGCAAGUACCGAAUGACCUGGCUGUCGUGCCUUUGCAGGGGAAAAUCAAGCAUUUCAACAUGGGGCCAUAGUCUAAAGGCAGCAGGUGGGCAACCAGGCUCCUCCAAUGCACAGUGUGAAUGUGAAUGUGAAUGUGAUUCAUACUUUUAAAAUUUGAUGAUUUUGACAUAUGUUCGUAUUUGGAGUAUGCUGAUUCUGAAAAUGUAAUGUUUUAUGUGAAUGUGAUGCAUACUUUUAAAGUUAUGAAUAAUGUGGAAAAACUGUAUUUCUCUGCCUGUGAUAAUUCCAUUACCCAUUGUGUAAGGUAAUUGUAUCACAAGCAGAGGGGAGGAUUUUGUGUGGGAGUGUCUGAGUGUAUUGUACGUGUUUAUUGGUUGAUUUCCAAAAUCCUGUGGGUGGUUGUGACAGAACCAUCUGUCUGUCUAUUGUGGUGGAUUCGUCUAUUUCUGCCCCCUUUCGUGUAAAUGGCUGUUUCUAUAGCCCAGCCAUACGAAUGACUGUUUUCACCAAACAAAUCUACCGAACGGAUGGCCACCCAGGAUAGAAGUGUGCUGCUGGUUAACCUCUUGAUCCCAACCGCAGACACUUCUCAAUUAAACUGAAUUCAGGGUGGCCGUCGUUCGUAUGUCGACCACGAGGCAGCGGCCAUUUUAAAACACACAAAAGACCAAGAGUUUCAUGGAACUAAAAACGGACACUUUUUCUGCCAAACACCGCUGAAACAACGGGUCGCCUGGCUGCCUCGACGAAAGCGUACGAACACCAGCCGUUCGGGAGUUUUACAACACACGAAAGGACUUAACCCAGAUAGCCUUCCCAUGGAGGCAAUCGCAUACCGAAAGACUGUAAGGACUUUGACUCCAUGGCGAUUGAACUACGCGUAUGGGAUCUGAGCGCUAUUCGCCAAUAAUAUGCCCUCAGAUCCAGGCUAUCUGGGGAUAUGUGAUGCGAAUGUGAAAUGUUCGGUUAUUAUAAAGUUAUGUAUUUUUAUGUAUUUUCUGGCAUUUUAUUUAAGAUGGCGGUUUGUCUUUGUCCUGGAGAUAAUUGAAUUACUUCUCAAUUAUCUCCAGGGCAGAGGGGAGGAAACCAUAUUGCAUUGUGGGAAAAGUUUACAUCUGUAUGUCUGAAAUGUCCCCAUGUCUAUCUGUCAUUACAGUCUCCCAUUUGGUCCCCUAGGGGAGUGUCCAUAGACUGCAGUAUACGAACCACCAUCAGGGGAAGCGGUAAACUCCCGACCGGGAUCCGGUGUCCACCAAGUGGGAGACCUGCAUAAAUACGGGCAGGUAGCCCACAGUAAAGCCAGAUCCUGUUUGACCCUCAAUGCGGAGCUUCUGUCUCGUUAUUGGGGGGAUUUAUUAUUUGCGCCUAGAGACUGAUUAUUGGAACCGAAAGCUGCUUGGUGGCUAGCAGCAGUUUGUGGAUUUCCGUUCCAGAGUUUGGAGCCUUUCACGGAUCCCGGUCGGGAGAUUACCGCUUCCCCUGAUGGUGGUUCGUAUACUGCAGUCUAUGCGAACGGAGUCAUUGAUAUUGCGAAAGGGGAAGGUUAACUAAACGGCGGUUUCUCUUAAAGACACCAGGGGUGUCUUAACAGUGGUACUAAUGUGUAAGAAUGUGUGUAUAAGAACAAUAAACCCACAGCUCUGUCUGUUCCUGCUUGACCCCCAAAACGGAGCCUUGUCUCGUUCUUGGGGGGAUUUAUUGUAUGCUGUUCCAGUUUGACUGCUAGGAGUGUAAACCUAUUCGUAUGGUUUUUCCUAUUUGGCUGUUUACAGCAUUUGUAUGGUUCCGGUUCAGCUGUUUACGGCAUUCAUAUGGUUUCCUGUUCGGCAGAUUGGUGUUUUUGGUAGCUGCCUGUGUAUCUGGAAGGGGAAUAUCCUCUAAACGGCGUUUAACCCCUUUUAUGCCUGGGUUGCCGUUACAGUAUUAUCACAGCUCAGUGUAUUAUUACAGCGUAUUGUAUGAUCACAACUCAUUGUAUUAUUACAGCGUAUUGUAUUAUCACAGCUCAGCGUAUUAUUAAAGCGUAUUGUAUUAUCACAACUCAUUGGAUUAUUACAGCGUAUUGUAUUAUCACAGCUCAGCGUAUUAUUACAGCAUUUUUUAUUAUAACAGCUUGUUGUAUUAUUACAGCUCAUUGUAUUAUAACAGCUCAUUGUAUUACUUUAGCUCUUUGUAUUAUCAUAGUUCAUUGUAUUAUUAACAGUUCAAUGUAUUAUCACACCUCAGUGUAUCAUUACAGCUUUUUGUAUUAUAACAGCUUGUUGUAUUAUUACAGCUCAGUGUAUUUUUAUAGCUCAGUGUAUAACAGCUCAUUGUAUUACUUUAGCUCUUUGUAUUAUCAUAGUUCAUUGUAUUAUUACAGCUCAUUGUAUUAUUAAAGCUCAGUGUAUUGUUACAGCUCAUUGUAUUAUUACAGCUCAUUGUGUUAUUACAGCUCAGUGUAUUAUUACAUCUCAUUGUAUUAUUACAGCUCAGUGUAUUGUUACAGCUCAGUGUAUUGUUACAGCUUAUUAUAUUAUUACAGCUCAUUGUGUUAUUACAGCUCAGUGUAUUAUUACAUCUCAUUGUAUUAUUACAUCUCAUUGUAUUAUUACAGCUCAGUGUAUUAUUACAGCUCAUUGUAUUACUUUAGCUCUUUGUAUUAUCAUAGUUCAUUGUAUUAUUACAGCUCAGUGUAUUAUUACAGCCUAUUGUAUUUACAGCUUAUUUUAUUAUAACAGCUUCUAUUAUUAUCACAGCUCAGUGUAUUAUUAUAGCUCAGUGUAUUACAGCUCAUUGUAUUACUUUAGCUCUUUGUAUUAUCAUAGUUCAUUGUAUUAUUACAGCUCAUUGUGUUAUUACAGCUCAUUGUAUUAUUAAAUCUCAUUGUAUUAUUACAGCUCAGUGUAUUAUUACAUCUCAUUGUAUUAUUACAGCUCAGUGUAAUAUUACAGCUUAUUGUAUUAUUACAGCUCAUUGUAUUACUUUAGAUCUUUGUAUUAUCAUAGUUCAUUGUAUUAUUACAGCUCAUUGUAUUAUUACAGCUCAGUGUAUUAUUACAUCUCAUUGUAUUAUUACAGCUCAGUGUAAUAUUACAGCUUAUUGUAUUAUUACAGCUCAUUGUAUUACUUUAGAUCUUUGUAUUAUCAUAGUUCAUUGUAUUAUUACAGCUCAUUGUAUUAUUACAGCUCAGUGUAUUAUUACAGCUUAUUGUAUUAUAACAGUUUAUUGUAUUAUUACAGCUCAGUGUAUUAUUACAUCUCAUUGUAUUAUUACAGCUCAGUGUAAUAUUACAGCUUAUUGUAUUAUUACAGCUCAUUGUAUUAUUACAGCUCAGUGUAUUAUUACAGCUUAUUGUAUUAUAACAGCUUAUUGUAUUAUUACAGCUCAGUGUAUUAUUACAUCUCAUUGUAUUAUUACAGCUCAGUGUAAUAUUACAGCUUAUUGUAUUAUUACAGCUCAUUGUAUUACUUUAGAUCUUUGUAUUAUCAUAGUUCAUUGUAUUAUUACAGCUCAUUGUAUUUUACAGCUCAGUGUAUUAUUACAGCUCAUUGUAUUAUUACAGCUCACUGUAGCAUUACAGUGGGAUGGUAGUCCCUAUCCCUGGGAGCAUAAGAAGGACACUUUAUGUAGGUCUCACCCUGUGCCCAUUAUAGGUGCAGGGUGUGUAUUAUUGAUAUUUGUUCAAUGUUUGUGUGCCUUCCUGUCUUGCUAAUGCUCUCUAGGAACUAGGUGGAUUUGUCUGUGGACCCUGUGAAGUGCCACCUGGUUGUAUGAUCUUGCAAAAGUCAUGUAUUGGUUGUAAAUGAAUCGCAAUACAUGGUAAUUUGCAUUUUCAGGUAGACUUGCAUAUUAGGGUUUAUGCAGGCAAGGGACAUAUUUCUUGUUUGUCACAGUCCUCCCCAACCCAUUAUAAAUAUAUUAUUGAGUUUCUGUGUGUUUCCCCGAUAUCAUUUUGUUAUAUGUAUUGUAUUGAGUGUAUUGCCAUAAGUGUAAUGUAAUGCAGGUAGGGGCUAGUCCUGAGUGUAAAUGUCCAUUUGGGAACUGUGUGGUUUGUUCAUGGAUUCCAGUAACAGAGGUUUUGGACCUGUUGGCUGGUUGCACUGGUUUGUGAUUCUGGGGAUGAGUUUAGAAAUAGCCAGACCUGAGUGCCAUAAUUGCAUUUUGUAAUGGCAAUAGUUGGAAACAUUGUAGGCAGAGGUGUCGAUACCUGUCUGGGAGAGGAAAAGAAGAGGCAAUGUGGGACAAUACCUACCUACCGAUACCGAUGGGUCUCUAUGCACCGGCGGAUCCAGAGUCUUAUCUCAGGAGGGGCAUUCAUAGAUUAUUUAAAGAAACAAUCUCUCUAUAGUGGUUUUGGUGCCAGGAGUGCAGUGGUGCCCUCCCAGAGUAAAUAGUUAAACUGUUUACCUAGGGUCUGCCAGGAUAGGGGCUGUAGUAGGGGAUAGGGCCUCUAGUAAUGUGUGUGUGUGUGUGUGUGUGAUGCAGGGUGGGUAUGGAAGGUAGUGUGUGAGGGGUGCAGAGUGUGUGUGUGUCUGUGUGUUUGUGUACGGGAGGCAGUGCAUGUGGGACAGUGUGUGGAUGGGGGUGCAGUGUGAUGGGUGUAGUGUGUGCAUGGGAGUGCAGUGUGUAUAUGUGGGGUGCUGUAGGAGCACUGUGUGUGUAUGGGCCCAGUGUGUGUAUGAGGGUGUUGUGGGGGCAGUGUGUGUAUGGGAGUGCAGUGUUUGUGUGGGUGUGUUGGAGAAGUGUGUGGGGGUGCAGUGUUUGUAUGGGGAGCACUGUGUGUAUGGGGGAGAAGUGUGUGUGUGUGGGGUGCAGUGUGUGUGUGGGGUGCAGAUUUAUUUAACCAAUCAUUGUCCCAGACGAUUGGAAGUUAGCAAAUGUUGUGACCAUUCACAAGAAAGGUAGUAGGGAGGAGUCGGGCAACUAUAGGCCAGUAAGCCUUACUUCAGUAGUGGGGAAAGUAAUGGAAACCAUGUUAAAGGAUAGGAUUGUUGAACAUCUAAAAUCACAUGGAUUUCAAGAUCAGAGACAUCGGCUUACUUCAGGGAGAUCAUGCCUGUGGCGAAACGACCUCGCCACUGGGCAUUGGAGAAGACUGAUUGCCAGCCUCCUGCCAUGUGACUAUGGCCCCUGGGAUGUAUUGCCCGUUAAAGACAUGAUUUGGACAUAAUGGAUUUGUGUUGUGCUGCUGCUGGCCCUUUAAGAACCAUACUGUGGAAUUACUGGGUGGCCACCAUUUCCUGUAUCAGAGGCACAUGGUGAGAACAAUGGAUGAAGCACAUGGUGAAAACAAUGGAUUGCGGCCAUUUUAACUCACAGACACUGUUUGGACUUUUCAACACGGUGCCAUCACGCCAGUAUUUGGUGCACAGAGACAUUGUGCAGUGGUUUUGGACUAUACAGCAGGGGACACAUUAUACAGUGAUUGUUUUUCAUUUAGCCUGUAUAUGUUCUGCAGAAUCUGCAUUAAACUGUAUCUUCCAAAGUACUGAACGGAUCUGGGUGAAUUUUGGAUAUGUGGUUCACCCAGAUCCCCCGGUUUUUUUUAUGGGGUUAUUGCAUGUUUUGGGGUCCCUGUGAUGUGUUUUAUGAAACUGUAUUCCUCUGUCUGUGAUAAUUAGAUUACCCAUUGUGUAAGGUAAUUGUAUCGCAGGCAGAGGGGAGGAUUUUGUGUGGGAGUGUCUGUGUGUAUUAUACGUGUUAUUGGUUGUUCUGUAAAACCCUGUGGGCAGUACUAAAUUUGUGGAUUGGGAAUAAAAGAGGCUGUAUGUGCUAGUCCAGUCAGUUCUGCUUAACCCUCAAAGUGAAGUGUCGUCUCAUUAUUGGGGGAGGAUUUAUUGUAUGCUGUUCCAGUUUGACUGCUAGGAGUGUAAACCUAUUCGCAUGGUUUUUCCUAUUCGGCUGUAUACAACAUUCAUAUGCUUGAGAGCAUUCAUAUGCUCCUACAGUUUGGUGGUUUUAGUGUCUGCUGCAGUGCUUGGAGUCCUCAGGAAGCGCUAGGAGCAUCCUUCAAUGGAGGUACCCAGUCGGGGUGCCAGGUGAUCCGUUACAUUGGUGGCAAGCGGUGGGAUGGCUUCCUAGCCUUGGGAAAACCAGCACUACUUCAGAGAUGGAAGGCCGUGCAGUAUCUCACUUUGACGCCAGGCUCCAGCAGCGACUACAGGAUGUGAUGUGCAGUAUGGAGUAUCCUAUCCCAGAGGAAAGAGAGACAGAGUGGAGGGUGGCGCUUUGUACCGAUCUCUGGAAGGAGGACAUCGACGAAGUUCGACCCUUCCGGUGCGAGGAAAUCCUGACCACUAACCAGCGCCAAGCAGAACAACUAGAGCUGUGGAUGCCGUUAUUGGGAAACGAGCCCUCAGAGGAAUGGGUAAGAAAACUGGAGACGCUAGUUGAGACUGAGGUGUGGCUGGAUGAUUCCUAUCGGGCCCUGCGGUGGCAUGUUUACCACCUCUACCCAUGGCUGAUCGAGUACAAGUGUAUUGAGGGGGAAGACUACGAUGGCCCUGGUUUGUUGUAGGAUACUCUCUGGUUAGGAGACACCGACAUUGCUCGCUUCUGGUCCAUCCGAGCUGAGCGGGCAGACAACUAGGACCUUACGGAGAUCGAUACCAUUCAGCCAGAUCUAUCUUUUCUUGCCAACCGAGAGUGGGAACUAGAACAGGAUUAUGUUUGCCUAUUCCAACGUAUAACGCCGCCUGUCUCUGACAUGAUGGGGCUUAUUGACUGUAUACCACCGGAAGCAUUGAGUUUAGUUCCUCCUCCCCAGCAACCAAGCCUGUUAUCAGGAGACCUUGGUACUGUACCACAUAUGUCCCAACCAGCCCCAGAGAUGGAAUACCUUAUUGACUUGUCCUGGGAAGACACCCAGCUGGCAGGUGGAGAUGGGACCGAGGUCUCUCUACAGGCCCUACAGGGAUGCUGGGCAGUCGGCCCAGAUCCCCAGUGGCAGUAUGUAUCCCAGGGAGCUGAAGGUGCCGUCCUUCCUCCCCAGCGGCAGUGUGUCCUGCAGGAAGCGGAGACAGUCGGUCUCGCUCCCCAGCAGCAGGACAAUAUAUUAAAAGGGGAGAAAGUUGGUCCCCCUCUCCAACAGCAGAGAGUGUUCCAGGGAGAGGAACCGGUUAUCACCUCUCCCCAGCAACCGGACAAAUUAUUGAAAGGGGAGACAGCCGGUCUCCCCCUCCAACAGCAGAGAGAGUAUCAGGGAGAGGAGCUUGUUAUGCCCUCUCCCCAGCGGCUGAAAGUAUGUAUGGGAGAGGAGCUUGUUACCCCCUCUCCCCAGAGGCAGCUUAGCCCACCAAGGGGAGACAGUAAUCUCCACAACAGUGCAGAUGGGACCGUGGUCUCUGCACAUACACCACCGGGGGUAGGGACAGUCAGUCCUGUCCCCCAGCAGCAGGGCUGUUUAGCCAAAGGGGAGACAGUCGGUCUCUCCCUCCAGCAGCAGGGCUGUGUGUCCAAAGGGGAGACACUCAGUCUCCCCCUCCAGCAGCAGCCCCAGAUCUCAAGAGAGGAGCCUACCAACUCUUCUUUUCAGCAUGGCUCCAAUCAGGCUACUCCCGUGGUAGCGCUGGCACCAGGGCAGAGUACUGCAGGCCUCUGCCCACCUAGCAACCCAUUGAUCCAGAGUGCUAGUACUCCCCAGAGCCAAGGUGGAGCUCCUGGACCUGGACAAGCGACCCACUACUCCAGGUGUAUUAACCAAUUUUCGUGGGUGGGUUAUACUGCGGAUUCUGUUUUGUGGGUGGGUUGCUGGACUAACCAAGGCACUGACCGACAGGAGGUCGGAUACCUUGUUAGUCUUUUUUGGGAAAGGGGAGAAAUGUGGCGAAACCGACCUCGCCACUGGGCAUUGGAGAAGACUGAUUGCCAGCCUCCUGCCAUGUGACUAUGGCCCCUGGGAUGUAUUGCCCUUUAAAGACAUGAUUUGGACAUAAUGGAUUUGUGUUGUGCUGCUGCUGGCCCUUUAAGAACCAUCUAGGGACAUACUGGAGAGUUACUGGGUGGCCACCAUUUCUUGUAUCAGAGGCACAUGGUGAGAACAAUGGAUGAAGCACAUGGUGAGAACAAUGGAUGACGGCCAUUUUAACUCACAGACACUGUUUGGACUUUUCAACACGGUGCCAUCUCGACAGUAUUUGGUGCACAGAGAUAUCGUGCAGUGGUUUUGGACUAUACAGCAGGGGACACAUUAUACAGUUAUUGUUUUUCAUUUAGCCUGUAUAUGUUCUGCAGAAUCUGCAUUAAACUGUAUUUUCCAAAGUACUGAACGGAUCUGGGUGAAUUUUGGAUAUGUGGUUCACCCAGAACCCCCGGUUCCAAGGAUAUACUUUUUAUGGGGUUAUUGCAUGUUUUGGGGUCCCUGUGAUGUGUUAUAUGAAACUGUAUUCCUCUGUCUGUGAUAAUUAGAUUACCCAUUGUGUAAGGUAAUUGUAUCACAGGCAGAGGGGAGGAUUUUGUGUGGGAGUGUCUGAGUGUAUUGUACGUGUAAUUGGUUGUUCUGUAAAACCCUCUGGGCAGUACUAAAUUUGUGGAUUGAGAAUAAAAGAGGCUGUAUGUGCCAGUCCAGUCAGUUCUGCUUAACCCUCAAAGUGAAGUGUCGUCUCAUUAUUGGGGGAGGAUUUAUUGUAUGCUGUUUUAGUUUGACUGCUAGGAGUGUAAACCUAUUCGCAUGGUUUUUCCUAUUCGGCUGUAUACAACAUUCAUAUGCUUGAGAGCAGGGCCGGCCUUAGGGGUGUGCGAGCUGUGCGACCGCACAGGGCGCCAUGGAACAGGGGGCGCCCUGUGGCCGACACAGCUCACUCAUGGCCGGAGUGCAGGGGAGCUAAAAGAGGUACCUGGCUGGAGGAUUAAUUAUUCUCCACCCGGGUCUAUUAAAAAAAAAAAUAAAUCGCGGCAGAGGGGGCGGGGUUUACCGAGCGGCGGAGGCGGGGCUUAUCGAGAGGCGGAGACGGGGCUAAUACCUCCCGAAGCCCCUGCUGUACAGGAAGAGGGAAAGAUGCUUCCCCAUCAGCCAACUGCAUCCACUGGAAAGAGGUAAGUGUGUGUGUGUGACUGUUUGCCUGUUUGUGUGACUGUUUGCCUGUUUGUGUGUGACUGUCUGUGUGACUGCCUGUCCUUGUGUGUGUGUGUGUGUGUGUGUGUGACUGUCUGUGUGACUGCCUGUCCGUGUGUGUGUGUGUGUGUGACUGUCUGUCUCUGUGUGUGUGUGUGACUGUCUCUGUGUGUGACUGCCUGCCUGUGUGUGACUGUGUGUGUGUGACUGUCUGUCUGUCUGUCUGUGUGACUGCCCAUGUAUGUGACUGCCUGUGUGUGUGACUGUCUGUCUGUGUGACUGUCUGUCUGUGUGACUGUCUGUCUGUGUGACUGUCUGUGUGUGUGACGUGUGUGUGACUGCCCGUGUGUGUGACUGCCUGUGUGUGUGACUGCCUGUAUGUGACUGCCUGCCUGCCUGUGUGUGUCUAUCUGUAACUAUCUGUCUGUGUGUGACUGCCUGCCUGUGUGUGUGACUUUCUAUCUGUGUGACUGCCUGCCUGUGUGUGUAUAACUGUCUAUGUGUGUGUUACUGUGUGUCUGUGUGUGUGUGACUGCCUAUGUGACUGUCUGUCUGUGUGUGUCGCUGUAGCUGUGCCAUUGUUUGUGCCUGUGCCUGUGCCUGUAUGUGUGACUGCCUUUAACUGAGUGUGUGUGUACAUGCCUGUAACCGAGUUUAAAUUUCCCCCACCCCUUCCUGUCAAGGCCGCACUUUGACUGACAGACGCUCACUCACUGACAGACGCACACUCACUGACAGACGCACACUCACUGACAGACGCACACUCACUGACAGACGCACACUCUCAUAUACACUGACAAACAAUGACAUACACACAUACACUAUUACUUGGACACACACUGACAGAUGCACACUCUCACUGACAGACGCAAGCACUCACUGAAAGAUGCACAACUCCACUGACCGACACAUACACACUGACUGACACACACUCACUGACCGACACACACUCACUGACCGACACAUACACACUCACUGACCUACACACUCACUGACCUACACACUCACUGACCGACACACACUCACUGACGACACAUACACACUCACUGACGACACAUACACACUCACUGACUGACACAUACACACUCACUGACUGACACAUACACACUCACUGACUGACACAUACACUCACUGACCAACACACACAUUCACUCAGACACACACACAUUCACUUACAGACACACACAAUUACACACUUACAGACACACACACACACACACACACACAUUCACUUCAAAAUAAACACUCACAGACACACACACAGACAUUUCCACUAACACUCACAAACUAAUAUUUUUUACAUUUAUUUUAAAUCCACCCAGCCUCCCUGGGAAAGCUGGAGUGGAUUUCUUACCAGCAGUCCAGUGUGGCUGCUGGGCAGGCAGGCAGGGGGCGCACAGGCUGAGUAAGCAGCGCUUAGUGAUGCCGGGAGCCGGACUGACGUCAUAUUCUGGCUCCCGGCUUCAUUAAGCGGCGCAGAGGAAGCUGAGCAGGAAGAGCUCAGGUGAGUAUGCUCCUUCGCUGCCCGCUGCCAGCCUUGGGGGGGCUCAAAAGUGGCCAGCCGGUCAGCUCUUGAGCCCCCCAGGAUGCGAGGCAAGCAAGGGAUCUGCCUGGGGGUUUGGAGGGAUGCUUUUUUUUGCCGCCCCCUGCAAAGUGGCGCCCAAGGCAGAUGCCUUGUUUGCCUCGUGAUACACACGCCCCCGGUGCCUGUGUGUGUUACUGUAUUCAGGCAACUUGGUGGGAGGUGGGGGGGGCGCCGUGAAGACUUUUUGCACAGGGCGCCUAAUUGCCUAAGGCCGGCCCUGCUUGAGAGCAUUCAUAUGCUCCUACGGUUCGGUGGUUUUGGUGUCUGCUGCAGUGCUUGGAGUUCUCAGGAAGCGCUAGGAGCAUCCUUCAACGUAGGUACCCAGUCGGGGUGCCAGGUGAUCCGUUACAAUGCCAAACUAAUCUUAUUUAUUUUUUUGAUUGGGUAACUAAAAUAAUAGAUCAGGAUGGUGCAGUAGACAUUGCUUACCUAGAUUUCAGUAAGGCUUUUGACACUGUUGCACAUAGAAGGGUUAUCAAUAAACUGCAAUCUAAGUUUGGAUUCCAAUAUUGUUGAAUGGGUAAGGCAGUGGCUGAGUGACAGGCAACAGAGGGUUGUAGUUAAUAGAAUAUAUUCAAAGCUUGGGCUUGUCACCAGUGAGGUACCUCAGGGAUCUGUACUUUGUCCCAUUCUCUUUAAUAUUUUUAUUAGUGAUAUUGCAGAAGGUCUUGAUGGUAAGGUAUGUCUUUUUGUCGAUGAUACUAAGAUAUGUAACAGGGUUGAUGUUCCAGGAGGGAUAAGCCACAUGGCAAAUGAUUUAGGUAAACUAGAAAAAUGGUCAGAACAUGUAUAGCUUGGAGGAAAGACGAGACGGGGGGAUAUGAUAGAAACAUUUAAAUACAUAAAGGGAAUCAACACAGUAAAGGAGACUAUAUUUAAAAAAGAAAAACUACCACAACAAGUGGACAUAGUCUUAAAUCAGAAGGGCAAAGGUUUAAAAAUAAUAUCAGGAAGUAUUCCUUUACUGAGAGGGUAGUGGAUGCAUGGAAUAACCUUCCAGCUGAAGUGGUAGAGUUUAACACAGUAAAGGAGUUAGAAUGCGUGGGAUAGGCAUAAGGCUAUCCUAACUAUAAGAUAAGGCCAGGGACCAAUGAAAGUACUGGGCAGACUAGAUGGGCCGAAUGGUUCUUAUCUGCCAUCACAUUCUAUGUUUAUAUAUACAAAUACACAACAGGGCAGCAAGGGUGACAGUCACAAAACAAGGUGGAAAAGUAUCAAAACUGGAGGAGAGAGUGGAGUAUGGCUCUUUAGGAGAGCAAGAGACAGACUUGGGCAAGUAUAGAUAAGUUACUCUGGGAGUUCAUAAGCAUUUCUAAAAAGAUGUGUUUUGAGGGACUUCUUAAACAAUUGAAGACUAGAGGAGAGUCUGAUGGGGGUAGGCAGGCUGUUCCAAAAGAAGGGAGCCGCCCAUGAGAAGUCCUGCAAGUGCAAGUGAGCAGUAAGGGUGCGAGCAGCGGACAGAAGAAGGUCACCGGCAGAUCGGAGAGACCGAGAAGGGGCAUAUAUAUAUGUAUCAGGAAAGACAUGUAAGAGGGGCUAGAUAUGGUUAGAGCUUUAUAGGGAAGGUUUAGUAUUUUGAAUUGACACCUAUAGGAUACAGGAAGCAAGUGUAAGGAUUGACAGAAGGGCGAGGUAUGGGAGGAGUGACGAGUGAGAAAGAUCAGCCUGGUGGCAGCAUUCAUUACCGAUUGUAGCGGGGCAGUUCGGCUUUUGGGGAGACCAACUAGGAGAGAAUUACAGUAGUCCAUGCAAGAGAUUACCAGAGCAUUAACAAGCACCUUGGCAGCAUCUUGCGUGAGAAAGGGGUGGAUGCGGGCAAUAUUUUUAAGGUGGAAUUGACAGGUUUUAGCAACAUACUGGAUAUGUGGUGCAAAGGUGAGGCCAGAAUCAAAGAUAACUUCAAGACAGCGAGCUUGCAAGGAUGGACUGAUACAAGUAUCAUCAACUUGCAGGGAAAGCGAAGUAGAAGGAUCGGCAUUAUGAGGGGGAAAAAUAAGAAGCUCAGUUUUAGAGAGAUUGAGUUUCAGAAAGUGGGAGGACAUCCAAUCAGAGAUUGAAGAAAGGCAAGCAGUCACACGUUGCAGGACCGUAGGGGAUAAGAUCUGGGAAGGAGAGAGAUAUAUCUGGGUGUCAUCACCAUACAGAUUGUAGCGGAAUCCAACCUCCAUCCUAACCUCAAAUCACGCACAGGGUUUUGCUCGAGAAUAUCCCUGUAUUUAGCACCAUGCAUAUUUCCCUCAACUCUGACCAGUUUCCGAGUCCCAGCUGCUGAAAAACAUCUCCACAGCAUGAUGCUGCCACCACCAUGUUUCACUGUGGGGAUGGUGUUCUUUGGGUGAUGUGAUGUGUUGGGUUUGAGCCAGACCUAGUGUUUUCUUUGAUGGCCGAAAAGUUCAAUUUUAGUGUCAUCAGACCACAGCACCUUCCUCCAUACAUUUUGGGAGUCUCCCACAUGCCUUUUCACAAACUCAAAACGUGCCAUUUUGUUUUUUUGCUGAAAGUAAUGGCUUUCUUCUGGCCACUCAGCCAUAAAGCUCACCUCUAUGGAGCGUACGGCUUAUUGUCGUCCUAUGUACAGAUACUCCAGUCUCUACUGAGGAACUCUGCAGCUCCUCCAGGGUUACCUUAGGUCUCUGUGCUGCCUCUCUGAUUAAUGCCCUCCUUGCCCGGUCCAUGAGUUUUGUUGGGCGGCCGUCUCUUGGCAGGUUUGUUGUUGUGCCAUGUUCUUUCCAUUUGGUUAUGAUAGAUUUGAUGGUGCUCAUGGGGAUCAUCAAAGAUUUGGAUAUUUUUCUAAAACCUAACCCUGACUUGUACUUCCCAACAACAUUGUCCCUUACUUGUUUGGAGAGUUCCUUGGUCUUCAAGGCAGUGUCUGGUUAGUGGUGCCUUUCAAAAAAGGUGUGUAUAUGUAAUGACAGAUCAUGUGACACUUAAAUUGCACACAGGUGGACAUCAUUUCACUAAUUAUGUGACUUCUGAAGGUAAUUGGUUGCACCAGAGCUUUUUAUGGGCCUCAUAAUAAAGGGGGUGAAUACAUACGCACAUGCCAAUUUUCUGUUUUCUGUUUCUAAUACAUAGUUUUAUGAAUAUAUUUUUCUCAUUUCACUUCGCCAACUUAAACUAUUGUGUUCUGACCCAUCACAUAAAAUUCAGAUUAAUAAAAUAUUGAACUUAAGGCUGUAAUGUAACAUAAUAGGUAAAAUGUCAAGGGGGUGAAUACUUUUACAAGGCACUGUAUCUGUACGGUUAGCCCUGAUAAAUUCUAUGUUUUAAGACGUUAUAGUGGUAAACAGGGGAACUAGCUGUGGUUACAAUUAUUACUGCUCAUUGUAUUAUUACAGCUUAUUGUAUUAUUACAGCUCAUUGUAUUACUACGGCCUAUUGUAUUAUUACAGCCUAUUGUAUUAUUACAGCUCAUUGUAUUAUUUCAUCUUAUUGUAUUAUUACAGCUCAUUGUAUUACUACAGCCUAUUGUAUUAUUUAAUCGUAUUGUAUUAUUACAUCUUAUUGUAUUAUUACAGCUCAUUGUAUUACUACAGCCUAUUGUAUUAUUACAGCCUAUUGUAUUAUUACAGCCUAUUGUAUUGUAUUAUUACAGCUCAUUGUAUUGUUACAGCUCAUUGUAUUAUUACAGCUUAUUGUAUUAUUUCAUCUUAUUGUAUUAUUACAUCUUAUUGUAUUAUUACAGCUCAUUGUAUUAUUACAGCCUAUUGUAUUAUUACAUCUCAUUGUAUUAUUACAGCCUAUUGUAUUAUUACAGCUCAUUGUAUUAGUACAGCUUAUUGUAUUAUUUCAUCUUAUUGUAUUAUUACAGCUCAUUGUAUUAUUACAUCUCAUUGUAUUAUUACAGCCUAUUGUAUUAUUACAGCUCAUUGUAUUAUUACAUCUUAUUGUAUUAUUACGGCUCAAUGUAUUAUUACAUCUCAUUGUAUUGUUACAGCUCAGUGUAUUAUCACAGCUCAUUGUAUUAUUACAGCCUAUUGUAUUAUUACAGCUUAUUGUAUUAUUACUGCUCAUUGUAUCAUUACAGCUCAUCAUAUUAUUACAUCUUAUUGUAUUAUUACGGCUCAAUGUAUUAUUACAUCUCAUUGUAUUGUUACAGCUCAGUGUAUUAUCACAGCUCAUUGUAUUAUUACAUCAUAUUGUAUUAUUACAGCUCAUUGUAUUAUUACAGCUCUUUCUAUUAUUACAGCUUAUUGUAUUAUUACAUCUUAUUGUAUUAUUACUGCUCAUUUUAUUAUUACAGCUCAUUCUAUUAUUACAUCUCAUUGUAUUAUUACAGCUCAUUCUAUUAUUACAUCUCAUUCUAUUAUUACAGCUCAGUGUAUUAUUACAGCUUAUUCUAUUAUUACAGCUUAUUGUAUCUUUGUUUUUAAACUGGUUAUUGUGUAAGAAUGUCUUUGCAUGCUGUCCCUCCAUUAUUUCACAAACUGCUUUUUAAAAAAAAUGGUUAUUCUGGUACCCAAAGCCUGCUCCUCGGCGCCAACAGAUUAUCACUUUAAUUCUGACUUAAAGGACCACUAUAGUGCCAGGAAAACAUACUUGUUUUCCUGGCACUAUAGGGUCUCUAGGUCCCCCCCACCCUCAGGGUCCCCCUCCCGCAGGGCUCUAGGGUGAGGAAGCGGUAAAACACAUACCUUUUCUCCACCGCCGGGCUCCCUCGGCGAUGGGGACUCUCCGCCUCCUUUCCCCGUCAUCGGCUGAAUGUGCAUGAAAAUCACAGUGAGAAGCACGGAAGCGCCUCUAGCGGCUGUCAAUGAGACAGCCACUAGAGGCUGGAUUAACCCAUUCUCUGAAACUGCUAUGUUUACAGCAGAAAGGGUUAAUCCUAGAUGAACCAGGCACCCAGACCACUUCAUUAAGCUGAAGUGGUCUGGGUGCCUAUAGUGGUCCUUUAACUAAAAUUUAACCGAAUUGCUGACUUCAAUAAUUACAUUUACAGAAAUAAAUGUAUUUCUACUAAUUUUAUUGUAUCUGCAUGUAUUACUAUUGUGAAGAUUAACAAUUAGAACACCUUUAUUACCUCUAUAUAAUAGUGUGUCACUCUCUUUGUGUCAAGCUUCUUCUGUCUGUGUUACCCUGUAAUAAAAUUCAUCAAAGAGUCAAAUUAAUUUUAUUCUGACUGUAUUUCUUAUUAUUAGCAUAAGAGUAGACAUGUUUAAAAUAUCUGUGAUUUCAUAAAACUGUAACUUAAUGAAAUUGUUCGGAUUUAACGGGAUAAUUUUUAUCUGUGAUCAGAGUCAGACAAAGACCUUGAAGACAUCAGUCAGUCUCCAGAUACAAUCGAGACAGAGACCGAGUCUUACUUUUCAUCAAAACCCAUUGAGAGAGUCAAUGGAAUGAGCACAGAACAUGGACAGAUCAGUUCUCUACAGACCACAGACUAUAUUGAUCCAUCUCUCACUUUUCAGCCAACUGAUGGUGUACCGGAUCUUAGUCCGAUAGUGUUGGUAGAUUUUAGUCUAAGUACACAAGAUGUCAGUCUGACCCAAGUAAAGGGAGGGACAAUCUCUGCACAGUUACUGGAAAAUCCAACACCGACCCAAAGACCCGAAGACGCCAGCCUAACUCAAGCAGUACAAGUGGCUGAGUCAACAAAAAGUCUGGAAAAUACUAAAUUGACAAAAAGUGCAGAAAAUGGUGGAAAAACUCAGAGCGCAGAAAGUCAUAUUAACCAGCUAAUGGAAACCUCAAGCCCACCAUUGUCCUUUCAGCUGCCAGUUACUGCUUACACAGUUCCUCCACUGACGGUCACAAAAAAGGAAAAGACAACGACUUCCCCUAACCCAUCACAGACCCCAUCUUCUAAAGACCAAUUAUAUCUCCUCAACCAAAUCUCAAAUGAGAAGGCCCCACCUCACGCACCUCAUAUACCCGCAGGGCCAACUACGAGAAGCACAGAGGAGCCAACAAAAAAAAUGUUACUUCCUACAGCUACAUUGAUUCCCAAACUAAAGCAGUCACCUCCAUCCUCUCUAAAAAAGGUCAAAGACCAGAAGUAUCCCCAGAAAGAUAGACCUGUAAAAGAUCCCCCAUACACUGACAUUAAGCCAAAGAUCAAUAAAGAUAAAGCACUAUCUCACCAGUCCACUAAUUCCGCUAAAUAUGCACUCAAAGCAAGCAGCGUUACAAAGUCACAGAAAUGGGACAUACUGUCUAACGCCCCAGGUAAGAGCUCACUCACACUAACAGUCAAUCACGGCCUACUAACCUCCCUGCUCUCAUGGCUCACUGUACAUUCUGAGCAUUUUAAAUGUUGACCUACCUAUCACUGAUAGCCAUAGUCCCAACAUUGUGACAGAGUUUGUCUGUGCUGGCUCCAGGCUUUAUAGAGAAUGAUAUUGGUAAAUGGCGCAACCAUCAAGCUGCAGGGCAAGAGAACAUAGCUUUCACCUAAUUCCUAUAUAUACUUAGCGUCACUAAUCUGCAUGUCCUCACACUGUAACGUAGCUGUGGGUUCAAUCAGAACAGAAUAGUUCUCAUUACUUAGAAAAUAAAGCUAUUUCACAUCACAUAUAGCAAGUAAUGUUUGAGACUUAUUUGUGAUAAGGAAAUUAAGACGUAGCAUCGGAAUUUAUUGAUACAUUAUUUCCAAGCAUCAUUUCCGCUGACACUUCUUGCUGUACACACAUUAUCAUGGACAUACAAUCUAGUGAAACAUUUGAGGAAAGGAUAGCUGAAUUCGGGAACGUUUCUAAUUCGGCUGUUUUGGCUUUUAUUUGAAAUUCCCUUUAAUAAAUAACGGUGUUGGUGUGUUUGCAUUCCUCCCUGGCAUUUUUUACCUGUACCUGGGCUAAAUACUGUUAUAUUAAAUAUUAUCACAGUCUCGUCUGACACCAUCUCAGCUGGCCUUACAUUCAUCCCUGGCAUUUUUUACCUGUACCAUGGCUAAAUACUGUUCUAUUAAAUAUUAUCACAGUCUCUCCUGAUACCAUCUCAGCUGGCCUUGCAUUCAUCCCUGGCAUUUUCUACCUGUACCAUGGCUAAAUACUGUUCUAUUAAAUAUUAUCACAGUCCCGCCGACACCGUCUUAGCUGGCCUUACAUUCAUCCCUGGCAUUUUCUACCUGUACCUUGGCUAAAUACUGUUCUAUUAAAUAUUAUCACAGUCUCUCCUGGCACCGUCUCAGCUGGCCUUACAUUCAUCCCUGGCAUUUUUUACCUGUACCAUGGCUAAAUAAUGUUCUAUUAAAUAUUAUCACGGUCUCUUCUGACACCGUCUCAGCUGGCCUUACAUUCAUCCCUGGCAUUUUAUACCUGUACCUGGGCUAAAUACUGUUCUAUUAAAUAUUAUCACAGUCUCUCCUGACACCAUCUCAGCUGGCCUUACAUUCAUCCCUGGCAUUUUUUUUUACCUGUACCUGGGCUAAAUACUGUUCUAUUAAAUAUUAUCACAGUCUCUCCUGACACCAUCUCAGCUGGCCUUAAAUUCAUCUCUGGCAUUUUUUACCUGUACCUUGGCUAAAUACUGUUCUAUUAAAUAUUAUCACAGUCUCACCAGCACCGUCUCAGCUGGCCUUACAUUCAUCCCUGGCAUUUUUUACCUGUACCUGUGCUAAAUACUGUUCUAUUAAAUAUUAUAACAGUCUCGCCGGCACCAUCUCAGCUGGCCUUACAUUCAACCCUGGCAUUUUUUUUAACUGUACUUUGGCUCAAUACUGUUCUAUUAACUAUUAUCACAGUCUCUCCUGACACCAUCUCAGCUGGCCUUACAUUCAUCCCUUUGCAUUUUUUUACCUGUACCAUGGUUAAAUACUGUUCUAUUAAAUAUUAUCACAGUCUCUCCUGACACCAUCUCAGCUGGCCUUAAAUUCAUCCCUGGCAUUUUUUACCUGUACCUUGGCUAAAUACUGUUCUAUUAAAUAUUAUCACAGUCUCGCCGGCACCGUCUCAGCUGGCCUUACAUUCAUCCAUGGCAUUUUGUUACCUGUACCUUGGCUAAAUACGGUUCUAUUAAAUAUUAUCACAGUCUCGCCGGCACCAUCUCAGCUGGCCUUACAUUCAUCCCUGGCAUUUUUUACCUGUACCUUGGUUAAAUACUGUUCUAUUAAAUAUUAUCACAGUCUCUCCUGACACCAUCUCAGCUGGCCUUACAUUCAUCCCUGACAUUUUUUACCUAUACCUUGGCUAAAUACUGUUCUAUGAAAUAUUAUCACAGUCUCUCCUGACAUCAUCUCAGCUGGCCUUACAUUCCUCCCUGGCAUUUUUUUUACCUGUACUUUGGCUAAAUACUGUUCUAUUAAAUAUUAUCACAGUCUCGUCUCACACCGUCUCAGCUGGCCUUACAUUCAUCCCUUUGCAUUUUUUUACCUGUACCAUGGCUAAAUAAUGUUCUAUUAAAUAUUAUCAUGGUCUCUCCUGACACCAUCUCAGCUGGCCUUACAUUCAUCCCUUUGCAUUUUUUACCUGUACCAUGGUUAAAUAAUGUUCUAUUAAAUAUUUUCACAGUCUCUCCUGACACUGUCUCAGCUGGUCUUACAUUCAUCCCUGGCAUUUUCUACCUGUACCUUGGCUAAAUACUGUUCUAUUAAAUAUAAUCAUGGUCUCUCCUGACACCGUCUCAGCUGGCCUUACAUUCAUCCCUGGCAUUUUCUACCUGUACCUUGGCUAAAUACUGUUCUAUUAAAUAUUAUCACCUUGGCUAAAUACUGUUCUAUUAAAUAUUAUCACAGUCUCGCCGGCACCAUCUCAGCUGGCCUUACAUUCAUCCCUUUGCAUUUUUUACCUGUACCAUGGCAAAAUAAUGUUCUAUUAAAUAUUAUCAUGGUCUCUCCUGACACCAUCUCAGCUGGCCUUACAUUCAUCCCUGGCAUUUUCUACCUGUACCUUGGCUAAAUACUGUUCUAUUAUAUAGUAUCACAGUCUCUCCUGACACCGUCUCAGCUGGCCUUACAUUCAUCCCUGGCAUUUUUAACCUAUACCUGGGCUAAAUACUGUUCUAUUAAAUAUUAUCACAGACUCUCCUGACACCGUCUCAGUUGGCCUCACAUUAAUCCCUGGCCUGUUUUAUCAGUACCUUGGCUAAAUACUGUUCUAUUAAAUAUUAUCACAGUCUCUCCUGAAACCGUCUCAGCUGGCCUUACAUUCAGCCUUGGCAUUUUUUACCUGUACCUUGGCUAAAUACGGUUCUAUUAAAUAUUAUCAUGGUCUCUCCUGACACCGUCUCAGCUGGCCUUACAUUCAUCCCUGGCAUUUUCUACCUGUACCUUAGCCAAAUACUGUUCUAUUAUAUAUUAUCACAGUCUCUCCUGAUACCGUCACAGCUGGCCUUAAAUUCAUCCAUGGCAUUUUUUACCUGUACCUUGGCUAAAUACUGUUCUAUUAAAUAUUAUCACAGUCUCGCCGGCACCAUCUCAGCUGGCCUUAAAUUCAUCCCUUUGCAUUUUUUUUUACCUGUGCUAAAUACUGUACUAUUAAAUAUUAUCACAGUCUCUCCUGACACAGUCUCAGCUGGCCUUACAUUCAUUCCUGGCAUUUUUUACCUGUACCUUGGCUAAAUACUGUUCUAUUAAAUAUUAUAACAGGCUCUCCUGACACCAUCUCAGCUGGCCUUACAUUCAUCCCUGGCAUUUUUUAACUGUACCUGGGCUAAAUACUGUUCUAUUAAAUAUUAUCACAGUCUCUCCUGACACCGUCUCAGCUGGUCUUAAAUUCAUCCCUGGCAUUUUUUUACCUGUAACUGUGCUAAAUACUGUUCUAUUAAAUAUUAUCACAGUCUCUUCUGACACCGUCUCAGCUGGCCUUACAUUCAUCCCUGGCAUUUUUUACCUGUAACUGUGCUAAAUACCGUUCUUUUAAAUAUUAUCACAGUCUCUCCUGACACCGUCUCAGCUGGUCUUAAAUUCAUCCCUGGCAUUUUUUUACCUGUAACUGUGCUAAAUACUGUUCUAUUAAAUAUUAUCACAGUCUCUUCUGACACCGUCUCAGCUGGUCUUAAAUUCAUCCCUGGCAUUUUUUACCUGUAACUGUGCUAAAUACUGUUCUAUUAAAUAUUAUCACAGUCUCGCCGGCACCGUCUAAGCUGGCCUUACAUUCAUCCCUGGCAUUUUGUUACCUGUACCUGGGCUAAAUACUGUUCUAAAAAAUAUUAUCACAGUCUCUCCUGACACUGUCUCAGCUGGCCUUACAUUCAUUCCUGGCAUUUUAUACCUGUACCUUGGCUAAAUACUGUUCUAUUAAAUAUUAUCACAGUCUCGCCGGCACCGUCUAAGAUGGCCUUACAUUCAUCCCUGGCAUUUUUUAACUGUACCUGGGCUAAAUACUGUUCUAUUAAAUAUUAUCACAGUCUCUCCUGACACCGUCUCAGCUGGUCUUAGAUUCAUCCCUGGCAUUUUUUUACCUGUAACUGUGCUAAAUACUGUUCUAUUAAAUAUUAUCACAGUCUCUUCUGACACCGUCUCAGCUGGCCUUACAUUCAUCCCUGGCAUUUUUUACCUGUAACUGUGCUAAAUACUGUUCUAUUAAAUAUUAUCACAGUCUCUCCUGACACCGUCUCAGCUGGUCUUAAAUUCAUCCCUGGCAUUUUUUUACCUGUAACUGUGCUAAAUACUGUUCUAUUAAAUAUUAUCACAGUCUCUUCUGACACCGUCUCAGCUGGUCUUAAAUUCAUCCCUGGCAUUUUUUACCUGUAACUGUGCUAAAUACUGUUCUAUUAAAUAUUAUCACAGUCUCGCCGGCACCGUCUAAGCUGGCCUUACAUUCAUCCCUGGCAUUUUGUUACCUGUACCUGGGCUAAAUACUGUUCUAAAAAAUAUUAUCACAGUCUCUCCUGACACUGUCUCAGCUGGCCUUACAUUCAUUCCUGGCAUUUUAUACCUGUACCUUGGCUAAAUACUGUUCUAUUAAAUAUUAUCACAGUCUCGCCGGCACCGUCUAAGAUGGCCUUACAUUCAUCCAUGGCACUUUUUACCUGUACCUUGGCUAAAUACUGUUCUAUUAAAUAUUAUCACAGCCUCGUCUGACACCGUCUCAGCUGACCUUGCAUUCAUCCAUGGCAUUUUUUACUUCUACCUUGGAUAAAUACUGUUCUAUUAAAUAUUAUCACAGCCUCGUCUGACACUGUCUCAGCUGGCGUUGCAUUCAUCCCUGGCAUUUUUUACCUGUACCAUGGCUAAAUACUGUUCUAUUAAAUAUUAUCACAGUCUCUCCUGACACCGUCUCAGCUGGCCUUACUUUCAUCCCUGGCAUUUUUUUUUACCUGUAACUUGGCUAAAUACUGUUCUAUUAAAUAUUAUCACAGUCUCUCCUGACACCGUCUCAGCUGGCCUACUUUAGAAGAUUUGUUUUAAGAAGUAGAUUAUUGAAUUCUUACGAGGGAUACAAACUCCUAAAAGACAAGGUGGGCGAGUUAGAAACGAGAUAUAAGUGGUUUGGCAUUGAAUUCAGCAUGGUUAAUUGUCGAGUUCCAGCUGAUCAUAGAAUGCACAAUGAAUAAAGUAAGGAAUGGAAUAAACACUUUUAACACAAGAAUGACACAUGCUUUGACAAUAUACACAAAGUCAAUUUAUUGGACAUAUUCUCCAUUUCCACAAGACUCUGCAUGGACUGAUAAUAAAUCAUAUUUAUCUAACUGGCAAAACGCACAAAUUUUUAUGCAAUCCUGUCCUUCAUUUCACAACCAGAUAUCAUUUUGUCUUUCUUCUAAAACUUUUUCAUUUUGAUUCUUUGUUCUCUAAUUUUUGUGUUUGUUUUUGACUUAUUCUUAAUAUCCAGGCCAAACCAUCUUUGGCAUCCCUAUUUCCAGACCGCACAUAUACCGAAAGCAUAUCUAUAGACCAUCGUAUAGUCUACACACUUCUCCUGUUUGCCCUUAUCCAUGUGUCCAACAGCCCUCCAAGCUUUCACUCAUGGCUCCUCUAUAUCGGAAAAAAUCACAGACAUAUUCUGCAGGACAGCAAAAUGUGUGGUCCUUCUACAAACCUUCAAAGAAACCCAGCCGUAAGAGCCCUUGCAAACCAUCUGGAUACAAAACACUAAUGUACAGCAUAUAUCUGCCACAAAAUAACCCUUUGGACAAAAAGGUGGUGAAUUUAAACACUGUAGAAUAAGAGAACAAACAAAGAUGAUCCGGUAAGUCCUACGGGAAAAAAGCUUAUUUAUUCUCAUUUAAGUGAUACAGGAGUGACAAUGACAAUAUUUAGACUAAACUGAAAAAGCUGAAGUUGGACCAGUUGUAUUGUCUGGAAAACGUGAUGUAUUGACUUAUAGGCGUCCCUUCUCCUCGUUAAAAAGAUAGGCAAGCCUAUUCCUCCCAUGACUGGAUAACCUUUAAACUUUUCCUAUAACAAAAACACUUAACAAAUGUAACACGAUUGGCUUGAAUGUUCUUAUUACAAUUUUUUUUUAAUACUUUCUCCUUUUCUCAAAGUUCAUAUUUCCUAAUUUGUUAAAUUGCUAAGAAAUACUAACAAGACUAAACUCUUACUUUGCACACCCAAAUAGACACUGGUGCCAUCAGACACACACCCUGGGACACUGAGGGAAAGAUAUCUGGACCUGGGACUGAAGACAUGGGUGGACCCAGUAGGGGAGGAAUCACAGAUGUUCUGUCCAACAUUUUAUCGAAAUUCUGGCCAAGAUGGUUUUAGUAAGUUAUAAAAUUCUGUUCUAUUUUCUCGUAAUACAGCUGUAGAAUGUAACAUUGAAGGAAAUCUGUAGGCACUGUAACUCCAUCAUAGUGUUUGGAACCUGGCUGUGUUAAACCAUUUGUUAAUGUUGUAAUGGUAAAGGAGAGUGCUCCUGUUUGGAAUAAUGAGGAAGCACUGGGCAACUGUGAUUGGCUGAGUAUGUCACCUGACUACUUUCAGCCUAUCACAGUGUUCAUUGCUGGUAUGAAUCAGUGUGGCUAGAAGGAAGUGUGUAAUCUCUGCCAUAGCCACGUCUCCAGUAUCGGAGGAGCUAAGGGAAGCCAGGGUCCCUCAUUCUGUGUUAAACUGCUCGAAAAUUUAACGCUUAAUAAAGUGACAGCGUCAGGGGACUGCAGGCACUAUAACCACUUCAAUGAGAUGGAAAGGUUUAACACUGAAUGGAGGGACAGCGCCAGGGGACUCCAGGCACUAUAACUACUUCAAUGAGAUGGAAAGGUUUAACACUGAAUGGAUAGACAGCGCCAGGGGACUCCAGGCACUAUAACCACUUCAAUGAGAUGGAAAGGUUUAACACUGAAUGGAGAGACAGCGUCAAGGGACUCCAGGCACUAUAACCACUUCAAUGAGAUGGAAUGGUUUAACACUGAAUGGAGAGACAGCGCCAGGGGAUUCCAGGCACCAUAACCACUUCAAUUAUAUGGAAAGGUUUAACACUGAAUGGAGGGACAGCGCCAGGGGAUUCCAGGCACCAUAACCACUUCAAUUAUAUGGAAAGGUUUAACACUGAAUGGAGGGACAGCGCCAGGGGACUGCAGGUACUAUAACCACUUCAAUGAGAUGGAAUGGUUUAACACGGAAUGGAGGGACAGUGCCAGGGGAAUACAGGCACUAUAACCACUUCAAUGAGAUGGAACGGUUUAACACUGAAUGGAGGGACAGCACCAUGGGACUACAGGCACUAUAACCACUUCAAUUAUAUGGAAUGGUUUAACACUGAAUGGAGGGACAGCGCCAGGGGACUCCAGACAUUAUAACCACUUCAAUUAUAUGGAAUGGUUUAACACUGAAUGGAGGGACAGCGCCAGGGGACUCCAGGCACUAUAACCACUUCAAUGCGAUGGAAUGGUUUAACACUGAAUGGAGGGACAGCGCCAGGGGACUCCAGGCACUAUAACCACUUCAAUUAUAUGGAACGGUUUAACACUGAAUGGAAGGACAGAGCCAGGGGACUCCAGGCACUAUAACCACUUCAAUGAGAUGGAAUGGUUUAACACUGAAUGGAGAGACAGUGCCAGGGGACUCCAGACACUAUAACCACUUCAAUGAGAUGGAAUGGUUUAACACUGAAUGGAGGGACAGCGCCAGGGGACUCCAGGCACUAUAACCACUUCAAUUAUAUGGAAUGGUUUAACACUGAAUGGAGGGACAGCGCCAUGGGACUACAGGUACUAUAACCACUUCAAUGAGAUGGAAUGGUUUAACACUGAAUGGAGAGACAGCGUCAAGGGACUCCAGGCACUAUAACCACUUCAAUUAUAUGGAAUGGUUUAACACUGAAUGGAGAGACAGCGUCAAGGGACUCCAGGCACUAUAACCACUUCAAUGAGAUGGAAUGGUUUAACACUGAAUGGAGGGACAGCGCAAGGAGACUCUAUGAAUAUAUAGCUAGGAUGGAAUGGUUUAACACUGAAUGGAGGGACAGUGUCAGGGGACUCCAGGCACUAUAACCACUUCAAUUAUAUGGAAAGGUUUAACACUGAAUGGAGGGACAGCGUCAGGGGACUCCAGGCACUAUAACCACUUCAAUGAGAUGAAAUGGUUUAACACUGAAUGGAGGGACAGCGUCAGGGGACUCCAGGCACUAUAACCACUUCAAUGAGAUGGAAUGGUUUAACACUGAAUGGAGGUACAGCGUCAGGGGACUCCAGGCACUAUAACCACUUCAAUGAGAUGGAUGGUUUAACACUGAAUGGAGGGACAGCGCCAGGGGACUCCAGGCACUAUAACCACUUCAAUGAGAUGGAAUGGUUUAACACUGAAUGGAGGGACAGCGCAAGGGGACUCCAGGCACUAUAACCACUUCAAUUAUAUGAAAUGGUUUAACACUGAAUGGAGGGACAGCGCAAGGAGACUCUAUGAAUAUAUAGCUGGGAUGGAAUGGUUUAACACUGAAUGGAGGGACAGCGCUAGGGGACUCCAGGCACUAUAACCACUUCAAUGAGAUGGAAUGGUUUAACACUGAAUGGAGGGACAGCGCCAGGGGACUACAGGCACUAUAACCACUUCAAUGAGAUGGAAUGGGUUAACACUGAAUGGAGGGACAGUGCCAGGGGACUGCAGGCACUAUAACCACUUCAAUUAAAUGGAAUGGGUUAACACUGAAUGGAGGGACAGCGCCAGGGAACUCCAGGCACUAUAACCACUUCAAUUAUAUGGAAUGGUUUAACACUGAAUGGAGGGACAGCGCCAGGGGACUCCAGGCACUAUAACCACUUCAAUUAUAUGGAACGGUUUAACACUGAAUGGAUGGACAGCGCCAGGGGACUCCAGGCACUAUAACCACUUCAAUGAGAUGGAAAGGUUUAACACUGAAUGGAGGGACAGCGCCAGGGGACUCCAGGUACUAUAACCACUUCAAUGAGAUGGAAUGGUUUAACACUGAAUGGAGGGACAACACCAGGGGACUCCAGGCACUAUAACCACUUCAAUUAUAUGGAACGGUUUAACACUGAAUGGAUGGACAGCGCUAGGAGACUCCAGGUACUAUAACCACUUCAAUUAUAUGGAAUGGUUUAACACUGAAUGGAGGGACAGCGCCAGGGGACUCCAGGCAUUAUAACCACUUCAAUGCGAUGGAAUGGUUUAACACUGAAUGGAGGGACAGCACCAUGGGACUACAGGCACUAUAACCACUUCAAUGAGAUGGAACGGUUUAACACUGAAUGGAGAGACAGCGCCAGGGGACUCCAGGCACUAUAACCACUUCAAUUAUAUGGAAUGGUUUAACACUGAAUGGAGGGACAGCGCCAGGGGACUCCAGGCAUUAUAACCACUUCAAUGCGAUGGAAUGGUUUAACACUGAAUGGAGGGACAGCACCAUGGGACUACAGGCACUAUAACCACUUCAAUGAGAUGGAACGGUUUAACACUGAAUGGAGAGACAGCGCCAGGGGACUCCAGGCACUAUAACCACUUCAAUUAUAUGGAAUGGUUUAACACUGAAUGGAGGGACAGCGCCAAGGGACUCCAGGCAUUAUAACCACUUCAAUGCGAUGGAAUGGUUUAACACUGAAUGGAGGGACAGCACCAUGGGACUACAGGCACUAUAACCACUUCAAUGAGAUGGAACGGUUUAACACUGAAUGGAGAGACAGCGCCAGGGGACUCCAGGCACUAUAACCACUUCAAUUAUAUGGAAUGGUUUAACACUGAAUGGAGGGACAGCACCAUGGGACUACAGGCACUAUAACCACUUCAAUGAGAUGGAAUGGUUUAACACUGAAUGGAGGGACAGCGCAAGGAGACUCUAGGACUAUAUAGCUUUUAUAGCGACUAGCCCAAUCAUUAAUUUUGUAUUACAAGAAGCAGCCACUUACUGCUCAUUGUUUAAUAGAUACCACCUGGGUUUGUAGUCCCUGUGCUUGAUACAGGGCCAUUUAGACUUUGGUGAUUAACCCUGCUGGUGCAUCUUUCUGUAAGGGGGCAGCCAUCGUUAGGUCAUCAUUCAAUUAGUUGCUAAACCUAUGCACAUUUUGAAAGGAUGAACCAUUUGCCAAGCGCAUUAUUGAGAGGUCCAUCAAAUCACUAUUCAAGGGACACUAUAAGCACCCAGACCACUUUGUCUUAUUUAAGUGGUUUUAACCCUGCAAUGUAUUUCUGAGAAACGGUAAUGUUUAAAUUGCAGGGUUAUUCAUGGGGGGGAACUAUAGUAAUAGUCUGUUGUGUAUUGCUAACACCAAAGUGUCCCUCUAAUGAAUUAGCACUGCCUCUUAGUUGCCUGGGUUGACUUGCUUAGACAGGCAGUGCUUUUGACUGCAGAAUUUAAAGCAGGACUUUCAGAAUCUGCCCAGAUGAUGGUCUGCAGCUCACAGAAUUAUUUGAAAGCAAUAGUUGGACAGGGAAGCAUGGGAUUCCUAGUUCAGAAACAUCUGUGGUGGGCUGAGUUUGAGAUGCCUGCCAAAUAGCAAAAACAAAUAGGUGUUUCAGCACAUACGCAAUCAUUAUGAGCUUAUAGUACACAAUAGUAUAGUCUGUAGGUGCUAAAACUGACUCCUUUCUGAGCAUUUGUUACUUGUGCAUCACUAAUUUGCAGUUGUAUAAAUAGAUUUGUGAAAUUCUAAACCAAAACGGCCAUUUUUUCUCUUUGCUUCUUCAAACUAGCGGCUCCUUAGCUGUUAGCCUGUCAGUUCCUCAGUAGUUUGUAUUUUGUGGCCUAUCAGCAUGAAGCUAUGAUUCUCUAUGAGAACCAUCACUUUAAAACCGCACUCAUGUUUUUCUGUCUUUUUGUUUUCCAUUCCUUAUGCUCCCCUGUGUCUUAAUUAUACUCCCUCCACUGCCACUUUGCUUUAUUUAUGUUCAAGAGAUUUGAAUUUCUAUUUUUUAUUACAUUUUUCACAUCUUAAAAAUACAUAUUUGUUAAAUAUAGGGCUGAGUAUACAAAAUAUUAAAUAUUCUGGAAGUGUUAGUCCCCCUUUACAGAUGAGUGGCCUCCUAUCACACUCAAUCCCGUAGAGUAGUCAUCGUAAUAAGUAACUUAUUGAUACCCAUAUAACAGACCCAGAUAGCUGAUAUUUGGAGAACCCGCGGCAACGAUCCUUUAUUUACUAAUGUGUGUAAAAACCAGUGAAAGGCAUACAUUAACUUACCAAUCUAUUAUUUCUAAAAGAUCAGUGAGAUUUACUGAUCUGACUCUCGGUAUAAAAACUAGCAUAACUUGACAGAUAAAGUGUAAUAGAUCGCCUAUCGUAAAGCUUGUAUACGGAUAUAAAACACGCCGAUAUAAGAGGAAAUCCGCUGGGUAAUAUAGAAAUAGAAACUGCGACACUUUUUGAUGUUUACAGCUUUUAAAAAAAAAGGAACAGGUAAAAAUAGCCAUGCUGAGGUCUUGUAGACCUCAGCAGGUCAUAGAAACAGUUUUGCGAAGUUAACAUGGCUUUUUAUUUGGCUUUUUUUGAGCUGAAGAAAAAAGACUGAAUAAUCAGUGAAGAAUUCAAAUUAUACAUUUUUUACAGGCUUUUUUUUUUUUUUUUUGCACCUUUUCACAAUUGAGGGGGAAGAUAGGAGGGACAUCAUUUGAGGAGUAAGUAGGAAUUUGGGGAACCCUAACCACCCAGCUGGGUUACUUUAUAUAAAUAUAUCUGGACCCAGAGGGUGGAAUCCAUAACAAUACAGGUGGAAUAUAUCGACCAUAUGAUAAAGAUUAAUCUUUUCAACAGGAACACAGCAGGGCUCCAGGGUAAGUGGUAAAAACUAUUUAUUAAAACACUACUGUGGAGAAAUUAACCUCGCCACUUGUGCUUGGAGAGGACUACUUGCCAUGUGAUUAUGGUCCCUGGGAGGUUUGGCCCUUUAAAUACAAUAUUUGGGCUAAUGGAUUUAUAUUGUGCUGCUGCUGGCCCUUUAAGAACUGCAUUGUGGCUUAUGGACCAUGCCCCUUUAAGAACCAUCUGGGGACAUAGAGACUUUGUGUGACAAUGCCCCUUUAAGAUGUGUCCCCAGUGUCCCCAGACUUAGUAAAUAUUUCCCACUUGGUUCAGUAAAUGGGGCUUACUGAACCAAGUACCACACAGGCGGACCACCCAGAAGUGGAAGUGUGCAGGCAAUUUACCUCCCAGGCUGGGAGCCUGCUGUAGGUAAAUUGCCAAACGCUGGGGGGGCCGCAGUUCGUGAAAACGAACACGUGGUGGCCAUCUUUGUUCAUUCGAACGAGGUCAGCGGUGUGUGUAGCCAAAUCCAUGGAACUAAAAUCGGCUACACAUUUCACCGAACACCGCUGACCCUUACCUUCUCCUACACUCAGUUUUCAGCUGCAGAGACUAAGUCCCGAUCGGCAGUUUGAACUCACUGCUAUACUAAGCUAAAUGCACGAACGGCCCCGUUCGUGAAUUCGAAUGGGACUUAGUCAUUUUUCUGUGUAAAAUAGACCGACUGCACAGCCUGAUUCUCUGGAAUUGUUUUGGGCAUGAAAAUGUGCUGGCGGUCGGUCAUAAAGGACUCCCAGCUAACUUUUUAUGUUCUGGAGGGAUUUGUAGAAUUUUUGGGUAUGUUUAUAUUUAAAGUAUGCUGAUUCUGAAUCUGUAUGUUUUAUGUAAUGCAUAUUUUUAAAGUUACAGUAUAUGUGUAAAAAGUGUAUUUUUCCUGCCUAUGAUAAAUUACAUUAACCCAUUGUGUUCAGUAAUUAUAUCACAGGCAGAGGGGAGGGAUGUAUGUUAGGGCUGCGUGUGUUUUACGGUUUUCCUGUAAAUGAUUGGUUGUACUGUGUCCCACCCUGUGGGAUGUCCCCUUGCAGGGGGACUUGCAUAAAAGCCAGGGUAUGGUCAUUAAAAUCAGAUCAUCUUGUACCUUUCUUGAAGCCUUGGCUCAUGUUUGGGGGAUUGGAGAACUACACUCUGGGGAUUGCUAUAAUCACUAUACUCCCCAGGGUAUGAUCACUAAGUUCUGCUAAGAGCUUGUUCCUGUUCCUGCUCUCUGGGGAAAGAGAGGUUCACCACUGGAAGCUGGACCCUGGCCUUGGGUCCAGGGUGGGUGGAGACGGCGACACCCCGGAGCAGAUGCAUCGCUGGAAGUGGGGUCUGCAGUGCUGAUGGAGUCGGUUGGAGUGCUUGGAGUCCUCAGCGAGCACUAGGCGCAUCGAUUGGCGGAGGUACUCAGUCAGAGUGCCAGCGUUCCGUCACAUUUGGUGGCAGCGGUGGGAUGGCGUCCUAGUGCGAGGACCAGCAACUCGGAGACACCGGUAAUGUGUGGAGUUAUGGAUUUAUAAUUGAGGGCAAUGCUAGAACUCGUGCAGCGACCCUGACUUUGGAGGAACUGGAAGGGAUGAAGCAAGCUAGCCCCCGGGUAGCGUCACCCUUCGAGGAGGAGUUCCUAUGGAGACUACAAAAUGCCUUGGCCCAGGAGUGUGGCCCAAUUUCAGCCAAGGAGGAGCUGGCCUGGAGAGAUGGGAUACGGCGGGAUCUCUGGCAGGAGGCCUUGGAGUGGACACGAGGUCCAGGGGGAGAGAAUCUUCCAAGCGAAGCCGAGCGCAGUCAGAAACAAACGGUGCUGAGGAGGCCCUUCCUAGGGUAUCUGCCCCGGAACGAGUGGGUGCUGGAAUUGCAGAGGUUGAUCAGAAAAGAACUGUGGCUGGAUGAGGCUUACCGUGCGCUACGGUGGUUCUCGGUCCAGAGGUGCCCCUGGAUGGCUGAGAGUGAGAGGCCAGAGGGCCGUGAUUACGAUGGCUCUGGUCUGUUAUGGGAGGCAUUGGAAGAGGACUGUGACUUUGGCAGCACCAAGGAGUCCCUGCAUUGGGACAUCAGGGGAUGGCGAUUGCUUGCACUGGAGCUCCCUGAUACUACUGGACUGGGACCAGAUAUCAAACGCCUGAUCACAAUCGAAUGGGAGCUAGAACAGGAGUACUAUCAACUGUUCGACUUAGCCCAACCACCGGCCCUCAGCCCAGAAGAUUACCUGGACAUGGUACCCUCUUCUGUCCAACCAGCCCCAGAGGUGAGCAACCUUAUAGAAUGGUCCUGGGAAGACCCACAGAUGGCAGGUGGAAAUGGGACUAAGGUCUCUCCACUGGCCCUGCAGGGAUGCUGUGUAUCCGGCCCAGAUCCCCAGCGGCAGUGCAUCUCACAGGGAGAGGAGACAACCCGGAGGAGGUGAUGGUAGAUCCCUCCACCUUACAGCAACCAGCGUCCUAGGGAGUGGGGGCACCCAGCCUCCCUCUCCCACCGCAGCAGGAGAUACCAGGUGAGGGGGAGAACAGCCCUAACCACACUGGCGCAGAUAGGAACUGCGGUCUCUGUGCCAGUCCUACAGGGAUGCUGGACGGGUGGUCCAGAUCCCCAACUAUCCCUGCAGGGAUACCAGGAGGAGGAGGUAAGCAAGCCCUCCCCUCCACGAAUACAACCCGACCGGGUCCUGGGGGCAGUGGAUGAACCUGCAAUACCCACUGCCCCCUUCCCAGCAGACGAGCUGGCACCUGAGCAGAGCUCCGCUGGCCUCUGCCCUACCCUUGCACCUUGCCCAGAGCCUGACACCCUGCAGGCUAUCCCAGCAGAAGAGCUGGCACCUGAGCAGAGUGCCGCUGGCCUCUGCCCUACCCUGCUAAUCACUAUACUCCCCAGGGUAUGAUCACUAAGCUCUGCUAAGAGCUUGUUCCUGUUUCUGCUCUCUGGGGAAAGAGAGGUUCACCCACUGGAAGCUGGACCCUGGCCUUGGGUCCAGGGUGGGUGGAGACGGCGAGACCCCGGUGCAGCUGCAUCACUGGAAAUGGGGUCUGCAGUGCUGAUGGAGUCGGUUGGAGUGCUUGGAGUCCUCAGCGAGCACUAGGCGCAUUGAUUGGCGGAGGUACUCAGUCGGAGUGCCAGCGUUCCGUCACAACUACAAUAAAACAUAACAAGAUUAAUGCACUAAUGUAUUUCACCCUUAUCAGGAGGCUUCUUCAAAGUGUUAGUAUUGAUGUAUGAUCCCUGCUAUAUGUUAAUAUUAGGCUGUAAUUCUCAAUAUUUAUUUAUUUAUAAAAUAUUUUACCAGGAAAGAUACAUUGAGAUUUCUCUCGUUUUCAAGUAUGUCCUGGGUAUAUGUUAUUUUAGGUCUGUAAUUAUCAGUAAAUGUUAUUAUAGGGCCGUAAUUGUCGGUUUAUGUUAUUAUAGGUCGGUAACUGUUGGUAUAUGUUAUUAUAGGUCUAUGAUUAUCAGUAUAUGUUAUUAUAGGCCAGUAAUUGUUGGUAUAUGUUAUCAGGGCCGGUGCAAGGAUUUUUGCCGCCCUAGGCAAAAGUAAAGUUUGCCGCCCCAUUGACAUCACAAUGCCCCACCCAUAUGACCUGCCAUGUUAACUAAUGCUACUGCUGCAGUGCCGCUGUGUUUACAUUAAAAGGCCUGCAGGGACAGGCUAUAGACACCAGGACCACUACAUUAAGCUGCUGUGGUUCUGGGGACUAUAGUGUUUCUUUAAUGUGAGGUAAAUUAGAGAUUAGUGCCACGAAUAAUAUACUAGAUUACCUACUUACAAGCAGAUGAGGAUGAUGAUGGGCUCUAGCUGCAGUCUGGCUCCACUGGUCUGGUGUAUAACAGGAUCUCUGGAGGCUGUUUGUAACUGUGGUCACACAAAUCAAUGUUCUGGGAGAACGAGAAGCAGCUCCAUUUUUUGGGGGCCCUUUACACAGCUCAAGGUCUGGGUCCCAGGGUCCACCUUCAUUUUCCACCAAUGAGUUUGUUCACAGGGGAUGGAGUGUGUAGGGAAUGUCCUGAUUUGUGUGUAAGGAAUGCAUUGUGUGAAUCUGUGUUUGUAUGUGUAAGGGCUGCAAGGUGUGUUUCUGUGUAUGUAAGGGAUGAAGUGGGUGCUUUGAGUGUGUUUAAGGGGUGCAUUGAGUGUGUGUAAGGAAUGCAUUGUGUGAAUCUGUGUUUGUAUGUGUAAGGGAUGUAAGGGAUGAAGUGUGUGAGUCUGUAAGGGGUGCUUUGAGUGUGUUUAAGGGGUGCAUUGAGUGUGUGUGUAAGGGAUGCAUUGUGUGUAAGGGUUGCAUUGCGUGUGUGUGUGUAAUGCAUUGUGUGUUUUUCUGUGUGCAAGGGGUUCAUUGUCUUUGUGUGUAAGGGGUGCAUUGUGUGUGAUUGUGUGUGUGAUGGAUGUCAAUCUCUCCCCCCUCCCUUGUCACUCUCUUCUCCCCCCUCCCUUGUUACUCUCAUUCCCCCUCCCUCCCCUGUCACUCCCCCCUCCCUGUCAAUUUCUCUCUCUCCGCCAAUUCCCCUCCCUGUCAAUGUCUCCCCCCUCCCUGUUAGUUCCCCUGUCAGUUUCUUUCUCCCCCCACCUCCCUGUCAGUUUCUUUCUCCCCCCACGUCCCUGUCAGUUUCUUUCUCCCCCCACGUCCCUGUCAGUUUCUUUCUCCCCCCUCCCCUGUCAGUUUCUUUCUCCCCCCUCUAAUGGUUUCUUUCUUACCCCUCCUGUCGGUUUCUUUCCCCCCCCACCACUCCUGUCGGUUUCUUCCCCCCCCUCCCCUGUCAGUUUAUUUCCCCUCCCUCCCUGUUUCCUUCUUCCCCCUCCCCUCCCUGUCAGUUUAUUUCCCCUCCCUCCCUGUUUCCUUCUUCCCCCUCCCUCCCUUGUGGGGAUAUUUAUGGGAUAAUAAUAGUAACAGUGAGAAUUGCCCACUAAUUCAAUUCUCAGAUCCCAAAGAACGUUUAUCGUAAGUGAAAGUAUUUCAUAUAAAUAAUAUUCACAGUUUUAUAAAAAUAGAUUUAUUUAUAAUAACCAAUUAAUUAAUAAUAACAUGUAACAUGCAUGACAAUAAUCAAUGAAUAUCCAGUAUAAAAUGAUAUGCAAUACAAAGGAAUGGCUAUACACAUUUCAAUGGCUAAAACAGCAUUAUCUGUCAAGACUUUAUUUAUGACUAUCUUUAACACAGACUGAAAGUGAAACUUUUCACAGCGAAGAACAGAAUUCCUCAGAGUGCAGCGUAAGGUCGUAAAGUUUAGCAGACAGUUAGAAUAACCCUUUCAAUGCUGGCUAGAUCUCUUAAGUAGUUAAGAUCUAUUCUUAUGUAAUUAUUAAACAAAAUAACAUUUAAACCAGUUCAUUAGUCAUUUCCUGGAACCAUCCAAUAAGAGAAUCUACCAUAUUUUAUGAGCAGAGUUUGUUUUUAAUUUGUCUAAAAGAUAUCUUAUCUUAAUUUAGAGCAAAUCAAUACACCUGGAUAAAAACAGCGGUAUGCUAACACGUGAUAAUAUCACAUUAAUAUAUAAUUAUUCUUAAUUCCACCUGCAGAAUGGAAUGUUUAUAACUAUAUAUUCUUUGGUUAACUAAGAUUUCUUAAUAUGGAAAUCUGACCGUGCUUUAUCCAGUCAUAUAUAAUGCUAUUAAUACAUUUUAAUUAAUUUAAAUUAAUUAAAUGAAACCAGUAUAAUUACCAGUUGAGUAGAUAUUUCAUCCGAUUGGUAGAUAGUCUCAGGAACUUAUUUGGAUGUCUCUCUGCAUGGAGGUGUUGGUUAGAAAGUCAGUAAAUUCUAAAUGUUAGAGUUUUAGGAGUAGAGUGUUAGUCUCAGAUGUUGUCCGAGUUGGAAUCCCCAAACUUCCAAUUCCUCUCUCCUCUCCUUUGCCUCUCCUGCAUCCAUCUAUCUUCCCUUUGUCUUAACUUUUAAAGGGCCAGACUCUCUGUACGUCAUCAGUUGAUAACCCAAUAGAAGCACUAGAGGUGUGGUUAUCUUCCAGAUCGCAAUUUAGUUAUUUGGUCUAUAGAGGGCAGUCUUGUCCCACUAAACAUACCUAUCCAGGAAAGAGUUAACUUUUCCUGGUGGCUAUUUUGACGUCAUUUUGGCCUAUCCAGAUAGUGGCCAUAACUUACGUAUCCUUCACAGAUCAAAGGGUUUAUUUAAGUUUUGUCCAGACUGUGUGUCUGGCAAUCUGAGUUUUGACCCGUAACUUACAAUGGGACCUUAUAUGUAUAGACAGUUAAAUUUUAUUAUUUAAUCUUCUCUGUCACAAUUGUCUGGGUUUAGAAUUGAUUAUAUUCUUCUUAUCACUUGUUUAUACUAUGCAUUCCUUAGCUCUGGCAAAGUGGCUAGUCUUACAGAAAGAAAUCUUGUGUCUUUUUGUUAACUUGAAAAUAACAAAAUGGAGUCUGGUCUGUUCAGAGUGACUCAGAAUAUACACUUUUAAUUUCUAUCAUAGCACAAGAUGUCUGCCGAUAUAAAUACCCUGACACCCUGUUUCUUUCUCCCCCCCCCUCCCUGUUUCCUUCUCCCCCCUCCCUCCCUCUUUCUUCUCCCCCCCUCCCUCCCUGUUUCCUUCUUCCCCCCCUCCCUCCCUGUUUCCUUCUCCCCUCCCUCCCUCUUUCUUCUCCCCCCUCCCCUACCUGUGUUGUAGCGUGGCCGAGCCCUGUAUAGUCGGCGGGUACAGGUAGCAGCUGCUCCCUGUACCCGGCCGGACUAUGCACAGGGCACGGCCGCCUACAUAGAGGGGCUGACAGGAGGGAGCGCUGAGCGCUGAGCGCUGAGCGCUUCCCUCCUGUCAGCCCCUCUCCCCAUGCUGCGCCCGGGCGGUGCGGUCCACCCUCAUGGACGCACCGCCCGGGAAAAGCUGCAGCCGCCCGAGGCUCUUUACAGAGCGCUCGGGCGGCUGCAGGAUAAGCGGGGCCGGCGCUCCUGGCGGCGCCCCUUCCCAAGGGGCGCCCUAGGCGGCUGCCUAGUCCGCCUUACAGGUAGCGCAGGCCCUGUACGUUAUUAUAGGUCUAUGAUUAUCAGUAUAUGUUAUUAUAGGGCUGUAAUUGUGGGUAUAUGUUAUUAUAGGCCAGUAAUUAUCGGUAUAUGUUAUUAUAGGUCUAUAAUUAUCAGUAAAUGUUAUUAUAGGCCGUAAUUGUCGGUUUAUGUUAUUAUAGGUCUAUGAUUAUCAGUAAAUGUUAUUAUAGGGCUGUAAUUGUGGGUAUAUGUUAUUAUAGGUCUAUGAUUAUCAGUAAAUGUUAUUAUAGGGCUGUAAUUGUGGGUAUAUGUUAUUAUAGGUCUAUGAUUAUCAGUAAAUUUUAUUAUAGGGCUGUAAUUGUGGGUAUAUGUUAUUAUAGGCCAGUAAUUAUCGGUAUAUGUUAUUAUAGGUCUAUGAUUAUCAGUAAAUGUUAUUAUAGGGCUGUAAUUGUCGGGAUAUGUUAUUAUAGGUCUAUGAUUAUCAGUAAAUGUUAUUAUAGGGCUGUAAUUGUCGGUAUAUGUUAUUAUAGGUCUAUGAUUAUCAGUAAAUGUUAUUAUAGGGCUGUGAUUAUCGGUAUAUGUUAUUAUAGGUCUAUGAUUAUCAGUAUAUGUUAUUAUAGGUCUAUGAUUAUCAGUAAAUGUUAUUAUAGGGCCGUAAUUGUCGGUUUAUGUUAUUAUAGGUCGGUAACUGUUGGUAUAGGUUAUUAUAGGGCUGUAAUUGUUGGUUUAUGUUAUUAUAGGUCGGUAACUGUUGGUAUAUGUUAUUAUAGGCCGUAAUUGUCGGUUUAUGUUAUUAUAGGUCUAUGAUUAUCAGUAAAUGUUAUUAUAGGGCUGUAAUUGUGGGUAUAUGUUAUUAUAGGUCUAUGAUUAUCAGUAAAUGUUAUUAUAGGGCUGUAAUUGUGGGUAUAUGUUAUUAUAGGUCUAUGAUUAUCAGUAAAUGUUAUUAUAGGCCGUAAUUGUCGGUUUAUGUUAUUAUAGGUCUAUGAUUAUCAGUAAAUUUUAUUAUAGGGCUGUAAUUGUGGGUAUAUGUUAUUAUAGGCCAGUAAUUAUCGGUAUAUGUUGUGGCGGAACCAACCUCGCCACUAUGCACUGGAGAAGCCUGGUUGCCAGCCUCCUACCAUGUGACUAUGGCCCCUGGGAUGUAUUGCCCUUUAAAGACAUGAUUUGGGCAUAAUGGAUUUGUGUUGUGCUGCUGCUAGCCCUUUUAAGAACCAUCUGGGGACAUACUGUGGAGUUACUGGGUGGCCACCAUUUCCUGUAUCAGAAGCACAUGGUGAGAACAAUGGAUGGCGGCCAUUUUAACUCACAGACACUGUGUGGACUUUUCAACACGGUGCCAUCUCGCCAGUAUGUGUUGCACAGAGACAUCGUGCGGUGGUUUUGGACUAUACAGCAGGGGACACAUUAUACAGUGAUUGUUUUUUAUUUAGCCUGUAUAUGUUCUGCAGAAUCUGCAUUAAACUGUAUUCUCCAAAGUACUGAAUGGAUCUGGGUGAAUUUUGGAUAUGUGGUUCACCCAGAUCCCCCAGUUCCAAGGAUAUACUUUUUAUGGGGUUAUUGCAUGUUUUGGGGUCCCUGUGAUGUGUUUUAUGAAACUGUAUUUCUCUGGCUGUGAUAAUUAGAUUACCCAUUGUGUUCAGUAAUCAUAUCACAGCCAGAGGGGAGGAUUUUGUGUGGGAGUGUCUGGGUAUAUUGUAUGGAUUGAUUGGCUGUUUUGUAAUGCCCUGUGGGCUGUACUAUGUUUGUGGAUUUGGAAUAAAAGAGGCUGUAUCUGCCAGUCCAGGGAGUUCCUGUUUUAACCCUCAAAGUGAAGUGUCGUCUCAUUAUUGGGGGAAGGAUUUAUUGUAUGCUGUUCCAGUUUGACUGCUAGGAGAGUAAACCUAUUCGUAUGGUUCCUAUUCAACUGUCUACAGCAUUCAUAUGCUUGAGAGCAUUCACAUGCUCCUACAGUUCGGUGAUUGUGGUGUCUGCCAGAGUGCUUGGAGUCCUCAGGAAGCGCUAGGAGCAUCCUUCAACGGAGGUACCCAGUCGGGGUGCCAGGUGAUCCGUUACAUUGGUGGCAAGCGGUGGGAUGGCGUCCUAAUGCGAGGUAAAGCAGCUCGGAGACACAGUUCGUGGAUUUACAAAUGGAGGGCAACGCUAGUACCCGUACAGCGACCCUAUCUACAAAAGAACUAACUUCAGCAGAGCAAGCAUGGCGUAUGACUACACUCAGGAGAAGUUUGACAGAGAGGUUAAUGAGGUGCUGUCUACCUUUGGACCCAACCCCCCAGAGAGAGCCGUGCAGCUCGCCAGGAAACUAGUAGGAGAAUACCUGCAAUCUCUAGUAGAUUUGGCCAAAAAGGAGUCCCAGGGAGCCAAAGGUGUCGUCCUUCCUCCCCAGCAGCAGUGUGAGUCCCAGGGAGCCAAUGGUGUUGUCCUUCCUCCCCAGCGGCAGUGUGUACCCCAGGGAGCAGAAGGUGUUGUGCUUCCUCCCCAGCGGCAGUGUGUGUCCCAGGGAGCCGAAGGUGUCGUCCUUCCUCCCCAGCGGCAGUGUGUGUCCCAGGGAGCUGAAGGUGCCGUCCUUCCUCCCCAGCGGCAGUGUGUAUCCCAGGGAGCUGAAGGUGUCGUCAUUUCUCCCCAGCGGCAGUGUGUGUCCCAGGGAGCUGAAGGUGCCGUCCUUCCUCCCCAGCGGCAGUGUGUAUCACAGGGAGCUGAAGGUGUCGUCCUUCCUCCCAGCGGCAGUGUGUAUCCCAGGAGCUGAAGGUGUCAGCCCUUCCUCCCCAGGGGCAGUGUGUACCCGUGGGAGCUGGAAGGUGCCGUCCUUCCUCCCAGCGGCAGGGAGCCAAAGGUGUCGCCCUUCCUCCCAGCGGCAGUGUGUACCCCAGGGAGCAGAAGGUGUUUGUCCUUCCUCCCCAGUGGCAGUGUGUGUCCCAGGGAGCUGAAGGUGUCGUCCUUCCUCCCCAGCUGCAACGUCCUGUUGUUUGGUGUCCUCCUCCCCAGCUGCAGUGUGUAUCCCAAGGAGCUGAAGGUGUCGCCCCUUCCUCCCCCAUGCUAUGAGCAGUGUGUAAAAAUUCCCCAGGGAGCAGAAGGUGCCGCCCCUUCCUCCCCCCAGCUGCAGUGUGUAUCCCAGGGAGCUGAAGUGUCCUCCCCAUGGCAGUGUAUCCCAGGGAGCCAAAGGUGUCAUCCUUCCUCCCCAGCGGCAGUGUGUACCCCAGGGAGCAGAAGGUGUUGUCCUUCCUCCCCAGCGGCAGUGUGAGUCCCAGGGAGCCAAAGGUGUCGCCCUUCCUCCCCAGCGGCAGUGUGUACCCCAGGGAGCAGAAGGUGUUGUCCUUCCUCCCCAGCGGCAGUGUGUGUCCCAGGGAGCUGAAGGUGCCGUCCUUCCUCCCCAGCGGCAGUGUGUAUCCCAGGGAGCUGAAGGUGUCGUCCUUCCUCCCCAGCGGCAGUGUGUCCCCCAGGGAGCAGAAGGUGCUGUCCUUCCUCCCCAGCGGCAGUGUGUAUCCCAGGGAGCUGAAGGUGCCGUCCUUCCUCCCCAGCGGCAGUGUGUACCCCAGGAAGCGGAGACAGUCGGUCUCGCUCCCCAGCAGCAGGACAAUAUAUUAAAAGGGGAGACAGUUGGUCCCCCCCUCCAACAGCAGAGAGUGUUCCAGGGAGAGGAACCAGUUAUCACCUCCCCAGCAACAGUAUCAAACACGAAAGGAGACAGUCGAGACCCCUUCAACAGCAGAGAGUGUCAGGGAAAGGAGCUUGUUAUCCCCUCUCCCCAGCGGCUGAAAGUAUGUAUGGGAGAGGAGCUUGUUACCCCCUCUCCCCAGCGGCAGCUUAGCCCACCAAGGGGAGACAGUAAUCUCCACAACAGUGCAGAUGGGACAGUGGUCUCUGCACAUGCACCACCGGGGGUAGGGACAGUCGGUCCUGUCCCCCAGCAGCAGGACUGUUUAGUCUGUCUCCCCCUCCAGCAACAACCAGGCUCCAACCAGACUACUCCCGUGGUAGUGCUGGCACCAGGACAGAGUACCGCUGGUCUCUGCCCACUCAGCAACCCACCCAGUACGCUUACCAGUCACCCACACAGCCAUGGUGAGGCACCUGGACACGGACAAAGUUCUCCUCUACUCAGGUGUAGUAGCCAGUUAUUGUGGGUGGGCUGUAUUACUGAUUGUGUUUUGUGGGUGGGCUGCUGGACUAACAAGGGCACUGACUGGCAGGAGGUCAGAUACCCUGUUAUUCUGAUUGGUAAAGGGGAGAAGUGUGGCGGAACCAACCUCGCCACUAUGCACUGGAGAAGCCUGGUUGCCAGCCUCCUACCAUGUGACUAUGGCCCCUGGGAUGUAUUGCCCUUUAAAGACAUGAUUUGGGCAUAAUGGAUUUGUGUUGUGCUGCUGCUAGCCCUCUUUAAGAACCAUCUGGGGACAUACUGUGGAGUUACUGGGUGGCCACCAUUUCCUGUAUCAGAAGCACAUGGUGAGAACAAUGGAUGGCGGCCAUUUUAACUCACAGACACUGUGUGGACUUUUCAACACGGUGCCAUCUCGCCAGUAUGUGUUGCACAGAGACAUCGUGCGGUGGUUUUGGACUAUACAGCAGGGGACACAUUAUACAGUGAUUGUUUUUAUUUAGCCUGUAUUUGUUCUGCAGAAUCUGCAUUAAACUGUAUUUUCCAAAGUACUGAAAGGAUCUGGGUGAAUUUUGGAUAUGUGGUUCACCCAGAUCCCCCAGUUCCAAGGAUAUAUGGGGUUAUUGCAUGUUUUGGGGUCCCUGUGAUGUGUUUUAUGAAACUGUAUUUCUCUGGCUGUGAUAAUUAGAUUACCCAUUGUGUUCAGUAAUCAUAUCACAGCCAGAGGGGAGGAUUUUGUGUGGGAGUGUCUGGGUAUAUUGUAUGGAUUGAUUGGCUGUUUUGUAACGCCCUGUGGGCUGUACUAUGUUUGUGGAUUGGGAAUAAAAGAGGCUAUAUGUGCCAGUCCAGGGAGUUCCUGUUUUAACCCUCAAAGUGAAGUGUCGUCUCAUUAUUGGGGGAAGGAUUUAUUGUAUGCUGUUCCAGUUUGACUGCUAGGAGAGUAAACCUAUUCGUAUGGUUCCUAUUCAACUGUCUACAGCAUUCAUAUGCUUGAGAGCAUUCACAUGCUCCUACGGUUCGGUGAUUGUGGUGUCUGCCAGAGUGCUUGGAGUCCUCAGGAAGCGCUAGGAGCAUCCUUCAACGGAGGUACCCAGUUGGGGUGCCAGGUGAUCCGUUACAUAUGUUAUUAUAGGUCUAUGAUUAUCAGUAAAUGUUAUUAUAGGGCCGUAAUUGUCGGUUUAUGUUAUUAUAGGUCGGUAACUGUUGGUAUAGGUUAUUAUAGGGCUGUAAUUGUUGGUAUAUCUUAUUAUAGGCCAGUAAUUGUCGGUAUAUGUUAUUAUAGGUCUGUAAUUAUCAGUAAAUGUUAUUAUAGGGCUGUAAUUGUCGGUAUAUGUUAUUAUAGGUCUAUGAUUAUCAGUAAAUGUUAUUACAGGGCUGUAAUUGUUAGUAUAUUCUAUUUUAGAUAAUAAUCACAUUUCUCUCUUUUUUCAGGUUGUUCAAAGAAGCUAAUUUGCUCCCAUUGUGUUCACCUCUACCUCCUAGUUCGCCCAGCUCUGAACUGCCAUGUGGGUUUACAAAGUAACUCUGUGGGACAUUUGUGGACUACCUGACUAUAGUUAAAUUAUUUACCAUUACUACCAAUGCCAGCGAUACAAUAUGAAGCAGAGUAAAUCUUCUAAUCGACGGAAAAUUGAAAUGGCAAUAGAAUAAAGCAUUGUAAAUCCCACUAUUUAUCCUUGAUAUCAAUAUGUUGUGAUUAUUUCAUAGAAUCAGAUAAUUUUUAUUUGUUAAUUGGCUGACAUAUAUAAUGGUGUGAUUAGUGGCAGACCCAAUGGUUGGAGAUGUCACGAAUGCCCAGUGAAUAUGUGGUAAUGCUAUUAUCCUGUGCAAUCAAAUCCAUUUAAAAAAAUACAGAAAUUAUUAUGGGACAAAAAACUUAUUGGGGGAUAGAAUAAGGUUCAGUGUGGGUUGUGAGAUAGAAUAAGGUUCGGCAGGAUUAGGUUCAGGGUGGUUGCAGGAUAGAUUAAGGUUUGGGGGAUAGAAU